AUGGGUCUCCAGACAGGCGCAAUCAAAAACAGCAUGGUAACUGCCUCGUCUCAGUGGGAUAAUUACCAUGCUGCCUUCAUGGGAAGACUUCACUGGGGUCGCCGCGGACGAUACAUGGGGGCCUGGUCAGCAAAACACAAUAAUCGUUACCAGUACCUGCAGGUGGACUUUGGAAGGGCGGCAAAAAUAAUCAGAAUUGCUACCCAAGGACGACAAGACGCUGAUCAGUGGGUUACACAGUAUUACGUGAUGCACAGCUUGGACUUACUUCGAUUCAGCGAAUACAAAGAGCGCAACAGCAGAAGAGUGAGUGAAGAGUUAUGAGGAGAACUGGCCCUUAUAUUCUUUACUAAGCCUGGCUCCCCAUUUAUGAGGAUUACCUCGCCGUUUAUAAUUAUCAGAACUGAAGGGUCAAUUUUUGAAAUAUGCGCAAUACUUUAGAGGAGAUAUAACAGAAAGAGGGGAAACUCUCUCUUAAAAAGGGUCGAUCGUUUUCUACACUUAUCAGGCAAGCACAAUGAGUCCUCAUUGGUUCCUAGUGUUGUGCACCUUUGGUUUGAUUAGCUGUUGUUAUUCUUUUGGUUCAAGUUUGAUUUCACAACACUUGAUCAAAAAGCGCUGUGUAGUUUUUGCUUCCUCACGAUGCGUAUGAAUUGCCUUAUGGGUAUGGCAAAUUAAAAGUUCAAUUUUUCCCCCACAGUACUUCACUGGAAAUCGAGACCGAAACUCUGUUGUCAUGAACCCGUUUAAUCCAGCACUCAAAUGCCGUGCCGUCCGAGUGGUGCCCUGGGGAUGGCGCUCUCACAUUUCUAUGCGAGUUGAGUUGUAUGGAUGCUUCACAGGUAUAUGGAUAAGAACUAUCAUGAGACGAGGAAAAAUAGUUAGGGGUCCUUGAAUAAUUGUUGUCUUGAGGUUUCGGAACAAUCGUAUACUAACUAGCAUAAAUUUUAGACAAGAAAUUGAGUUUGGUAGGAGUAUCGGAAAGUCACGAAAUGUCUAUUUUUCGCUUAUAAUGGGUUAGUAGACUCAUUGACUAAAAGCUGAUCCACGUGUAUUUUAGAUCGUUGCACUAUGCCUCUCGGUAUGGAAGAUCAUCGUAUCUUGUCGGGUCAUCUUCGGGCGUCGUCGUCGUACAAUUACAACCACGGACCUGACCGAGCACGGCUUAACAUCGUCAACGGUCAUGGACGAACAGGGGCCUGGGUGGCCAGGCAUCGGAACACCAAGCAGUUUCUGCAGAUCGACUUGAGACAACUGAGCCUCAUCAAAGGAAUCGCUACACAAGGAAGGAGAGAGGCUCAUCAAUGGGUGAAGAGUUACACACUCUCUUACAGCCGAACGGGCCUGAGAUUUAAUAUGUACGCUGCCUAUGGCCGGAUUAAGGUAAGGAUUGUCUGAUUUUUUUCCCUUUUGAGACAAAUUUUCCACGCUGCUCUUAUCAUGUUGUGUGGGUAUCCCUUCCGUGUUCGUUCGCGCACUGCUUACCUGAUACAUAACUCCGUCGCUCAUUAAUAUUGAUGUGGUUUGAAGAAUAUUUUUCCUUUAUCGUGCAAUAUCAAAUCGAACAGAUUUUUAUCUGCAUACAAGACCAUUUAUUUUAUUCUCACUGAAUUAUAACAGCAAUUACUUUUGUUCACUUCGUGGCUUUUAUAUGCCUUGUCUUUGUUUGAAGAGUAUCAGUGAAACAUCAGCGCAAUUUACAAUUUCUACUGUUUCAGCUAUUCCGUGGCAACUAUGUUAUUUAUCACACUGUGACACACCGUAUCAUCCCACCUAUCAAAGCGCGCUUUGUUCGUCUGCAUCCAAGAAGCUGGCGAAGUUAUAUUGCGAUAAGGGUAGAGUUGUAUGGCUGCCGAGCCAGAGGUGAGGGCCUUAAAACUAAUUCUAAACGCUCGCUGUUACAACUGGUACAUGUAUAUUUACAGUUAGUACAAUCGUCGUCUUUUCUUUUCUUUACAAUCGCUACUAGAGUAAAUUUAAAUAAUGUCUAAAAGUUUAAUCUGAUGAUACGUUGAGGUAGGUAAAACAGGCAUUUGUAUUCCACACAGGCAUCACUGAACAAUGUUACAGCUAAAAAGUGAAAGUUCUACAUGGAAGCGGAUUCGAGCAUUUGCCUUCAUACGUAGCCCAGAAAGAAUUUUGUAAACAUAAAACAAUGUAGAUACAUUUUUUAACAUUCGAAAUGAGUUGUCUAGUGUUUGAAUGCAGUUUACAUCGCUUGUAAUACCUACGCGUAUGUCCGCUUACUUGACGCAAUUCCUUCUCCUCUCUUGAAGAAAACGGUCAUAUUUACUCUUAGCUACGUUUUCACAGAGAAUUUCUGCAAUUACCCUGUGGGCAUUCAAAAUGGUCGCAUCAGGAAUUCUGCCAUGACAGCCUCGUCUUCGUGGGAUGCAAACCACGGGCCAUAUUUGGCACGACUUCACCGCCCGCGUCGCGGACGGCUUAUGGGAGCCUGGUCUUCCCGCCACAAAAACCAUAACCAGUGGCUGCAGAUUGACUUAGGAAAGGCCAUGAAAAUAUCGGGUAUCAACACCCAGGGACGGCAAGACGCUGAUCAAUGGGUAACAGCCUAUUGGGUCCUGUAUGGAUAUGAUGGGACGCGCUUCUCAUAUGUUAGAGAAUGGUGGGACAACGUUAAGGUAAUAUGUGGUUCUAUUGUUUUGUUUUGAUUUGUCUUUAACCCUUUAACUCCCAAGAUCUCAUUAGUAAUUCUCCUUACUGACUCCCAUACAGUUCUUGCGAUUUUAGUUUGGAGAAUUUGGUAUUGGAUCAACAUAUAAUCCCAUAACUAAUAUUUUUCUUUAUUCUCAUCACUUGUCUGCUUGAUAUUGUAUUGAUAUUGUAAGGAGAAAUUCUGUCUUGGUCACUCAUGGGAGUUAAAGGGUUAAGAGAUGAACAGUGCCCAAGUAGUAAACAUUUUGGGUUGUGAUCUUCGACUCACUUGGAAAUCAUCAUGUUCUUAUGAUGUAGGUAAUAUUUUAAGUUUAAAUGUCAAAUAGAUUAAAGGAGUCAAUUGUAACUUCGGUUGAACUUCCCAGAAAGUGACCCUUGUUCAAUGCUUACUUGAAGAUUAUUUCAUUUUUUAUCAAAACGUCCAUUUCUUUUUAUUCUUUAUUAAGACUUUCCCAGGUAACUACGAUAGAAAUGGAGUUCAGACGCGAUCCUUCGAUCCACCCAUUUAUGGAAGAUUUGUACGUAUUCAGCCAAGAGGUUGGAGAUCUCACAUUUCCAUGAGACUAGAGUUGUACGGCUGCCCCUGGAGUAAGUGUUGUUUCAUCUGUUCCAAGCGUUAAGUUAAUAUUACAAUAGAAACAACGCAACAAACGUUAAUAAAUAACGCCAGAAGAAUUCGGAACAAUUAGUUGAAGGCGGGAUGAAACAUUAUUGACUUAUCCACGAGAACCAAUUUUUUUUUUAACAAUCUUUUGAUUUAACCUUCUACAUCUUUAGUCUCUUCAACUCCCAAUUUCUCUUCAAUAUCUAACGAGUAAACUCUCAUUCUAGAAUCUUUAAAUUUCAAAAUUGAACUAGUAAACUUUCAUUUUAGAAUCUUUUAUCUCUUUAGAUUCCAAUACCGCUUACUAGUAAACAUCCAUUCUAGAAUCUUUAAUCUUUUUAGAUUCCAAUACCAAACUAGUAAACCUCCAUUCUAGGAUCUUUCAUUUCUUUAGAUUCCAAAAUCUAACCAGCAAACAUCCCUUCUAGAAUCUUUAAUCUCUUUAGAUUCCAAUGCCUAACUAGUAAAGCUCCCUUCUUGAUUCUUUAAUCUCUUAAAAUUUCAUAAUCUAAUUUGAAAACGUCCUUUCUAAAAACGUAAAUCUCCUCGACUUUCGAUAUGAAUUUAGUCAUUUUUUCCUUCUCGUUGCUAAACAUUUCAUUUUGGAUUAAUUACGAUAAUUUGUAGUUGUACUGAGGUAAAAUUUUCAUACUUGAUAUUGCGCCUAUGUUCGUUCAUGUUUUCUGGAUAGCGUAUCGAUAUCUCAAUGAAAACGAACGUGUAUCGCUUCUAAGAGCAAAAAACUGAUCUACUGUUACACGAAUUUGCUUACAGGUAAAUGUGACAUUCCACUCGGUUUAGAAGAUGGACGUAUCCCAGACCCAAAGUUCCGAGCCUCCUCUUCGUACAACUUUUAUUGUGCGGCAAGAAAUGCCAGAUUACAUCAGCGCCGCGCUGGAAGAAACGGAGGAGCCUGGUGUUCACGUCAAAGAAACAAUAAACAAUGGCUACAAGUGGACUUUGGAACUGAUACUGUAGUCACGCGGGUUUGCACUCAAGGGCGUCAAAAUUCUGACCAAUGGGUGACAAGCUAUUAUGUUUCAUUCAGUAGCAGAGGUCAGCGGUUUAUAACCUACAAAGAGGGUCGCAGAACAAAGGUGAUAACUUAUUGUUCAAUUAUUAUUAUUGUUUACCGGCUUCAGAGAAAUCUUUGUCUCCCUGAAGAGUCUAACCUUAAACACUCAGAAUUAGCGGAUGAAUGCUCUACAAAUGUUUAAAUUGUUAUAUAUUGGAAGACUAAGACCAAAGGUUGCAAUUGUCUAAAUCUAGGUUAACUUUUCUAAUCAAAGAAUGUUGACAAAUUAUUCUCCAGCCUCAUUUGACUUGUAGCCUUGUUUGACUGUUCCGCAGUUGUGUGUGAAACAUAAAGAAUGCAUCAAAGUCUCUAAAUAGCAUACCCUUGAAAUCACGCAAUAAAUAAGCCCAGAGCUGCCAGAGAUGUUGAGAACCGCCAGGGAAGGUUUCCCCUGUAUAAAUCUCUUUUUUUUUCAUUACGUUAUGAAUGUCGGGACUUUUGUUCUCACCUGCUUACCCGUGUACGAUACUUGUUCGAUCCAAGUUAAUAUUGCGCCUAUCAUUUGACAUUGUAGUCUGUCCAAAAAUUAUGGUAUUUUGUUAUCUCAACCUAGAUCUUCUCUGGAAACUAUGACCGGUUUAUCGUCGUCUGUAACCGUUUCUUGAGAUCCAUAAAGGCCCGUUACUUUAGGCUUCACCCAGUUACUUGGCGAAGUUGGAUAUCUAUGAGGGUGGAAUUCUUCGGUUGUAUUAUUGGUGAGUGAGAUUAAUAGCUAUCCAGCGAAUGACUGUUAGUUAGAGAACGUUGUGAACUAUCCACCGAAUAGAGAUUUUUCCAGUUAUAGAGUUAUCCAACCCACAAACAAAACGGGCUUUUUUGUUUAAACAAUUUACAUUGAACAUUUCAAAAAGUGGUUCGUGCAAAGGUCUUUGAACCGUGCAAACUCGGACGACCUUCGUAACUUCAAUAGUAAAAACCCUGAUCAGUUACUGGCCAGAACAUAGCUCAAAAUUAAUUCGUUUUCUCUUUUUGCCGUCUGUUAGGUCCACAAUGCAACAAGCCAUUGGGGAUGCAAAACGGCCGACUGCGAACUUCCCAGAUUACUGCAUCAUCCAGCUGGGACAAAAACCAUAGUCCCAACAAUGGCAGACUCCACUUCAAACGAGCUGGUUCCCGGAUGGGAGCAUGGUGCGCACGUCACAACAAUCGUUACCAGUGGCUCUCGGUUGAUUUUGGUCGCACAAUGCGAGUCACUAAAAUAGCAACUCAAGGACGACAAGAUACUGCUCAGUGGGUGACUCAGUAUUAUUUGUCUUACAGCCAGGAUUAUGUUUUCUUUGCGGAAUACAAACUAAAUAGUGCUAGACGGGUAAGUACUGAGUUAGUUUCAAUCUAUGAUCGACGUUCAAAUAAAUAUGCUAAAGUGGUUUCCAAUGGAGUGUCGAAAAACCAAAACCAAAAUGACCCCGGGGACCAAUCAGAACAAAGACUUUCAUUAUCACUAGCCAAUAAGAACUCAAAGUGGAAAAAAGUAAAUUGGGCUUUAGUUUUGUUGAAGAGACGAGCGGGAAAAAAAAUGCGAGCUCCGCUUUUAGGCUUGCCUAAAUCUAUAUAUUAUGGAAGGUUUCAGGCCUGUUGUCAGGUUUACACAUCUUAGAAAGUGUAAGUCUUAAACUCGAGUCAACUUAUUUUGUUUGUUAACCUUUAUUGUGUUUUUAUGUUGCGCUUUAGUAUUUCACUGGAAACAGAGAUCAGAAUUCCAUCGUUCAAUAUCGCCUGUUCCCCCGCAUAAUAGCUCGUUACAUCAGAGUUCAUCCAUGGGGAUGGUAUAGACAUAUCUCCAUGAGAGUGGAAUUCUAUGGAUGUGUGCAAGGUAAAUAGAAUUUUCGGACACAGGUUACACUGACUUUUCAUUUUUAUUUUAAGAUGUCUUAGUGUGUCCCCUUUAAACUUCUUGAUAUCGUAAGACAGAUUGAUGGAAGUAGGUGGGCCUUGAUGUUUUCGCAAAAUUGUUUUACGGAAGGGACACAUUCACAAAGAUGAUAGGGGCCGAACUUGCAAUGGGGCGAAAAGUUCAGAUACCAAAAUGACGAGCAUACUUUUUCUCUCUCGUAACACUUCGCUAUACUAGACUCUCAUUAAAAGAGGUGGAUCAUAUUUUUUGAAUUUUUUUAAAUGUGGUUCAACUUCAAUACUCGACGUUUAUAUGCGCAAAGUUUAACGUUAGUUCAAGGACAGUCAAAUUUGAAUCCUCUGUUUCGUUUUUAAAAGUAAUACUUUUUUUUAUCUUCCCGUAGCACGAUGCUCUGUCCCAGUUGGAGUGGAAGACAAACGCGUAAGUGAUGGCGCAUUGACAGCCUCUACCUACUACAACCGAUACUUAGCUCCUUGGCAUGGCCGUAUCAAUCACCGCUGGUCAUGGAGUGCGCGGCGCAGCGCGCGUGGCCAGUGGCUCCAGGUUUACUUUGGGGUAUUAGCAAGGCUGACUGGAAUUUCCUCCCAAGGACGGCAAGAUGCUAAUCAGUGGGUCAAGAGCUUUGUCCUGACCUUUAGUAGAGACGGAAUUAAGUUUAUCAAGUAUCCAAAGGUAUUUGUGAACUGCUUAAGCAAAAAAAAUUAUCCUUAGGUUGCCGUUAACAAGAAGUUUUAGUAGGAGAUCGAAAAUAAUUGAACUAAAGGUUCUUGGGGUAUUUAGGCUUGAAGUACAUUGAGACACUGACAACGCCCAAUGUCCCAGUACAAGAUCAAGGUUUGAGAAGAACAGAUAAACUAUAUCAAGAACUGUGAAAUCUGUCUCCUUUUGAAACCUUUUUUCACUGAUUGCCAAUUCAAUUUCGAAAACUUGGGUUUUGUGCCUCAACUCGGCGUGAAAUUGACUUAGAAUAGUUAGUUUUCUGCCUACGGUUAUUUUGUCGGGGAAAGGUUAUAAUUUCAUGUGUUGUGUUUGUCUCCUUACACGUAGUGCGAAGAAGAAGUUAAAACCCUUUUUUUUUAACUUGUAAUCAUUCGUGUUUCAGGUUUUCUCAGCUAACAGUGACCGUCAUACAGUAGUAACAAACUCUUUUGCCAAGUCAAUCGCAGCUUCAUACGUCCGUGUUCAUCCUAUGACUUGGUACGGCUGGAUGUCAAUGAGAUUGGACUUCAUUGGCUGUCCUAUUGGUAAGUUAUAAAGCCAGGCAAGACACGGAAUUGUUGUGAAGUAGAUUGUUACCCGUCUCUUUACGAGUUUCUAAUGUGAUUUUUUAAGUACAUACUAUAUACUUGCUUUAAGUAUUGACGAGGACUGCUUCUCGGUCCUGAAAGUUCAGUUCAAGAAAUUUGUAUAUAUUUUUUUGGGCUUAAAUAUUUAUGGACACCUAAGGGGGAACAUUCACCGAUGUUUUUCACGUAAUUGGUUCGUUAAAAAGUAAAGAAACAAACCGACGUUACAAGAUCUAAUUAGAAAUUCUCGUCACCGUACAUUCUUUUGAUUCAUAUGAUGUUAGUUCGGAUGAUGUUAGUUCGGAGAAUAUGGUAUUGGAUGAACCAUUAAUCCAUUAAUCUUCUUUAUUUUCAUCAUUCUUUAUUUGUGCAAUUUUGAGUUGUCAUCUUCAUUACUUAUUCUGUAGCUCCCCUCUGCAAUCGUCCAUUGGGAUUGGAAUCUGGAAGAAUCCCCAAUGCAAAAAUAACCUCGUCAUCAGCGUAUAAUGCACGAUACACAGCACCCAAUGGACGUUUAAACAAACCAUUCUGUUGGAUCGCAAGACACAAAAAUCAUAACCAGUGGUUCAAGGUGGACUUUGGUAGAGUUACCACCGUGAGAAAGAUAGCCACCCAAGGAAGAAGAGAUGCGAACCAGUGGGUGACACGAUAUAAAUUGACUUACAGCUUAGACACACUGCACUGGGCCACAUACCGACAGAGGAGUCAGGAUAAGGUGAGGUUACACAGGAAUCUCUUUGAGAGUGUUCUGUACAAUGGAAGGAGCGUGGUCAAAAAUUAAGAGCUUCUUAUUUGGUGAUCAUUUGAUUUAUUCUUAUGACCUCAAUGAGUCUGAUUCAGCGUUGAUGGAGUAAGGAGAUUAAACACGCACGCUACCCACAGCUUUUAAAAUCUUUAUGGUGGCCAAUUUACGUUAUCAACUCAGUUGAUAAUACUAAAUUACCCUGUGAAGAACUGACUGAUGAAAGGAUGUCUUUCCCGGUUUGAAAAUCAUCCUGUUUUUUUUUUCCUCCAGUACUUCACAGCCAAUCGUGACCGUAUCAGCAUUGUUGAAAACGUUCUUUCACCUCCAAUACAAACUCGCUACCUCCGUCUGCAUCCUUGGGGAUGGCAUGGUUACAUCUCAAUGAGAGCUGAGUUUUAUGGUUGUCGCUCAGGUAAUGAACUUAAAUGAUACGAUUGUAGCAAGGUAGAAAAGCACAUCUAAAAUACUAUGCCCCUAAAGCUCUCUGAUUUGUACCCAGAGCCUGUUGUAGGCUUUGCAAACGUCCAUACCUUUGAAUUGCAGGGUGCACCCUAACCAUGGUGUAUCUCAUAUUGCCAGCGAGAUAUAUUUUGCCCCUGUUAUCGAAUUAUGUAGAUAUUAUUUUAACACGGAAACAAGUAUUACAAGAAGAACGAAAGUCUCGCUUGUAGACGCGUUUCUUCAGUAGUUUUAGGAGGAAAAAAAAUCACUAAACUCUUUUAAAUUGUAUAUCAUAAUCCACUAAUUUCCUCGACAUGUUAUUUCUUUUUACCAGCGCUAGGUUACGUCCAUGUUUCCUUCAUUUAUGACGGAGCUUUCUUUUCAUUUUUUUUGUCUUAGAUCCAUGCAGUGUGCCACUGGGAAUGGAAGAUAAUCGUAUCACCAAACAGGCUGUGACAGCAUCCUCCAUGUAUAACUUUUACUAUGGUCCGUGGAAUGCCAGGCUUCAAUCAAGAAAUCAUGGAUAUGUGCGUGGAGGCUGGAUCGCGAAGUAAGUCCGAUCGUAUCUACUUACACAUUGGAACAGUUUUAGGUCUACAAUUUGCUCGUAAUUUCAUUGAAAACAUACAAAAAGUGGCUGAUGAACGCUACUCAAAGAUUUGCUCUCAUGCGAAGGUUACUUAUAACUGGUGCUAGGACAAGAUUGGUUAGAUUAUCUUCAACGCGCCUACUGUUUUGUUAAUAACUUUUAUUUAAUUUUUUCAUUACAUGUAUCACGGUUUUUUCGUCUACCUAGUUGUUCCCUUCCCUGGUAAUAAAUUCGAAGAGGUUACCUCAUCUUUCUCGCUUGUAAGGAUAGCAAUGAAAUAACUGAAUCGAAGAUGAUGAGCUUUAAUCGUAAAAAGACGAGAAAAGACGAUUGGAAACCUAUGGCCUGUACUUCACUAACCAGAUAUUCCUUAAGUUGCCAACAAGUACACAACAGCAAUUAGAACAAUUAGAACUACACAAUUUCACAAGAAGUACACACUAUUUGAAUUUUUUUAAACCUUUCUCUACAGGUACAACAAUUGGAAACAGUGGCUCAAUAUAGACUUGGGUACCAUCAGUCGACUAAAAGGAAUCGCUACCCAGGGGAGAUAUGACGCUGACCAGUGGGUAACAAGCUAUGCUGUGUCCUACAGUAUGAACAAUAUCAGAUUUAUUCCGUACAAGGAAGGACGAGGAGUAAAGGUGAUAAGGAAUUACUCUGUAAACAGCAUACUCCUUUAAAGAACACAGUAAUUAUUCAUAAGGUAAUCCCUAAAAUGUCUCAUUUUACUUUUACAGAUUUUUAUAGGCAACAUUGAAAGGAACUUCGUGGUUACACACCGUUUCCUUCGUCCGUUCAAAGCUCGCUAUGUGCGCGUUCAUCCAAAAACGUGGCGCAGCCAUAUUUCCAUGAGGGUUGAACUCUACGGCUGCAGACUGGGUAAGACAUUCAAACGAAACUCCGCUGACAAUGCUCUAAAAAUAAAUUUUACUAGGGAGGAGUUCCUAGAAACAAAUGAACUUCCGUCAGCACAGCAUUUUAAUGUAAAUAUAACCAGUGGCAUUUGGCUUUCUUCAAGGAAAAGAAAAGUACUUUAUUGGCAACCAAACAGAACACUUUCGAAUCGUCCUUGCUUUUUAGAAAGUCAUCUCUGAUUUUUUUCGGGUCGAAAACUUUUUAAACUUUAUGACGUACUAUCAAAAACAGAAUUGUAGUGCUAAACCUAGUUCAAACCCAGCUCGUAUUUUGCGCGCAUUAAAAAUUGUUAUAUUUUCAGGCAAACUGUGCAAUCGUCCGCUUGGAAUGCAGAAUGGCCGCAUCAGAAAUGUAGCCAUCACUUCAUCUUCUCGCUGGGAUAACUUCCACGCUCCUCAUUUAGCGCGGUUACAAAACAAACGCAGGGGACGAUACAUGGGCGGUUGGUCUGCCAAGAUUAAUAACGCUUACCAGUGGUUACAAAUAGACUUAAAGCGUCCCACUAAAGUGGUCCGUAUAUCGACUCAAGGCCGACCCACAGUCAAUCAGUGGGUGACAUCGUAUUACUUACUUUACAGUCAGGAUGGCGUUUAUUUUGCGUAUUAUUUUCAACGCAACACGAUGAAGGUUUGUUUUGUUUCUUGAUUUUCAGUUAAUCGCUUAAAGGGCUCACUUACCGAUGUCGAAGAAUUUAAAUGUUUUUACAUAACUUAUAUUGAAGAGCGUUUUCGCGGUGAAGCUUGCUCUACCUCAAUGAUACUCCUUCUCUGAAGGUAGCCCGUCUAUGAGUUCUUUAAUGUAAAUUUUAACCCUCGUGAAGAACUAUACACCGUAUGUGUUAAGCAGUAGAAAGAAUUCGUUAUGAUUUCAAGUUAUUACUUCUUACCUUUAAUAAUUGACAGAUCUUUGUAAGAAGUAAUUGAUGCUUUAUUAAUCAGAUCUUCCAAGCAAACAGGGAUAGGAACACAGUUGUUUCACAUCCUCUCAUUCCACCAAUCCGUGGCCGUUUCGUCAGACUUCGCAUCAGAUCAUGGUACAGACACAUCUCGACCAGGGUUGAGCUGUAUGGCUGUGCCAUAGGUAUGUUAUACUCUACUGAUGUCCCUCUGAAGGUAUUAAGACUUUGGUCGAUUUCUUAAAAUAUCCAUUCGAUUAGUAACAGAGGCGAGAAGGUCAACACGGAUUAUUUGCUAAGAGUUUCAAGAUAUAGUGAGAAAGAAAUGUAAAUUCAAGCAAUACACUGAGAGUGGGGAUCCUAUAGUGAGCACUGUACUGAAAUGGGUACUGUUUAUUAUAAUUCGGUUACUAGCCGGUAUUAAAUAAUAAAGAAUUUUUUAGUCGCAUGUAGCCUAUUCUUUUGCUCAAACACACAUUUUCUUAACCGAAUUUCACGACAGUAUUGUGUUAUCUAUUUUACAGGAAGGUGUAAGGUUCCUAUUGGCCUCGAAGAUCGCCGCAUUCCAAGCGGUGCUUUGUCUGCUUCCUCAAGUUACAACUCCAAACAUGGCCCCGAUCGAGGUCGACUCAACAUGGUCGCAGGGCGUGGACGGACGGGUGCUUGGUGUGCCCAGAGGAACAACGCUAAACAGUGGUUCCAGGUAAAGCUAUUCAAGAAAUAAACCACUUGAUCUUGGAAGUUGUUAGCGAGUUUAUGAAACUUAUUUCAAGAUCAUGGAAAUUUCCCACCUCGUUUGGUUCGAUGAUGUCACAUUUGGCUAUUUUGUUAUGUCCUGGCUCGAUAAUUUUAAAGUUAUUUAAAUGACAGCGUUUGUCUAGAACCCGUUCCUUUUUGAAACGCGAGCCGCUAACGAAAAUUUACCAAUAAUUGCCUUGACCUUGUUGGUGUCACAGCUAAACAGAAAUAAUAUUCAAACUUCGGAAAUUACCUCGUUCCUGUAAUUUUGAUAUUAUGAAAAUGAGAGUGUGUUGAUAUAUUUGUCAAUAGGUUGACUUUGGUGUCAUGGGUCGCCUCAUGGGCGUGGCCACCCAAGGAAGACAAGAUGCUAACCAGUGGGUGAUGUCAUACGUUGUAUCAUACAGCAGAAAUGGCAGAACAUUCUUUUCCUAUAAGCAAUAUGGAAGAACAAGGGUAGGUCCUCGUGAUGAAUCCUUAUUAAAGCUGUGUACUUAUUUCUCUUACUGCUAGAAAUAUGUUACGAGGUAGGAUUGAUAGCUGAUUUUGUGUCAAUUAUUACGGAGGGACAAAGAAUUUGCCUUUCAUCCUGACAUAAGUUGUUCAAAAUAAUGGAUGGGUCCAUUAAUAUUAUUAAUAUUUAUUUUGUCUUUCAAUUCAACCCUGAAAUGUUCCGUUACAAUGUCCUUAAAGAAGGCCUUCAACUAAAAAAAAGGCAUAUUGAAAAUUAAUUGGAUCCACAUUACACAAGAGCGUAUGUUCUGUUUGUAUGUUGUGCACACUAUGUUGCUCACAAAAAGUAUAUUAACCUUGCCUUUAUUUACUUCUUUUGUUUCAGGUUUUCCGUGGUAAUUUUGACCGUCACACAGUGGUUGCUUACAGAUUCGUUCCUCCCUUCAAAGCGCAGUUUGUUCGAAUCCAUCCCAGGUCUUGGCGCGGUCACGUCUCCAUGAGGGCUGAAUUCUAUGGCUGUUUAGCUGGUAUGUAACUCGAGUGACUAACUUUCAUGAUCAAAUAAGUAACUAUCCGUCUCGGCGGCUAUACUUUUCUUGGAAUUUAGUUGGGAGAGUUUGGUAGAAGAUCAAGAUAAGAACCUCCAGCUGAUUGAUGGAUUAUGUAUAAAAAUUGUUAAGAGAAGGUUUAAAAGCGAAAUUUAACAUUGUUCAGUCGACAAGACCACUGGCGUUGUCUCGAACAAUGAUAGAUACUGGGGCGAAAAUGUUGAUUCCUUUAUAAUUCAGAUUUCCUUCCUUUUCUUGUAUUGGUUUAAGUGGCACACGGCUCAAGGAUAUUUUUCCAUCUAUCAUUUUGUAAUUAUUCGUUUAUGUCCUUUUUUUUUCGUUGUAUAAACUCUAUUUUCGUCCAGCUCGACCGUGCGCCAUUCCAGUUGGCAUUCAGAGCGGUAAGAUCAAAAACACUGCCAUGACCGCCUCUUCUUCUUAUAACCUCUUCCACGGUCCAUUCCUCGCUCGACUCCAUCGCUCGCGUACCGGUCGCUUCAUGGGGGCUUGGGUCGCCCGAAUUAGAAACGCCAAUCAAUGGUUGCAGAUCGCUCUCGGUCGACCAAUGAAACUCACAGGAAUUGCAACACAAGGAAGAGCAGAUGCUAACCAAUGGGUGACGCGUUAUUUGGUGGCGUUCAGUCAGGAUAACAUGCAUUUUGAAUAUUACAUGGAGUAUGGAAACUUUAAGGUAAGCCGCUGGUCGCUAGCUAUGACACUGAAGUAUUCACAUCACCAGAAUUUUUCCGUCUCAAACUGACGUUUGUUUUACAUGCCUAAGGUCUUAUCAUUACGACUGAUAACUCAUAAAGAACUGGUGGGAUGGUUUUGGUUGCGUCACAGUGGAUUAUACCUGAUCCACCCAUAGGGCUCUGUAAUAUUCUUACGAUCCAAUCUCAUUGGCAGUUAACUGGCCAUCAAUUUUCUAUAGUCUCCCUUAAAACUCUGUUGGUGACAACUGAUCCUUCCUCCGGUACCCCUAAAAACCAUGUGACCCCCCUCCCCUCUCCCUCCCCCCCCCAAAAAAAAAGAAAUAUCCUCUGCUCACCAGUUGAUGAGUGACUGGCCCCUAACCGUUAACCAUUUAUUGCAUGGCAAUUAAUGCUUAUUUUAUCUCUUAAUUCGUUUCCAGUACUUCACUGGUAACAACGAUCGUUACUCCGUGAGGAAUAAUGCAUUCUCUCCACCAAUCAAAGCUGUGUAUUUCCGUGUUACACCCAAAGGCUGGUAUAGCUAUAUAGCUAUGAGGAUGGAGCUUUAUGGAUGCCCAGAAAGUAAGUGAAUAUUUCUCUGCCGUGAAGAGAAAAGAAUUCCCCUCUCUCAGAGCCUUUCUUAAAGCCUCAGAGCUUUCAGCCUUCUUGAUACGAAUUUUUCGUGGUCUACUUCUCUUAUGGUUAAUGUUUAACUAGGGUGCAAAUCCCUGAGGUAAAGGGCCUUGGUAUGUCUUCCUAACCCUUUUACCCCUAGGAAUGACCAGCAUAUAAUUUCUCCUUACAUUAUCACUACUGAAUCAAACAUUAAGGGUUGCGAGAAAUACUAUAGGAAAUGACAACAUAAGGAAAAGUAUGGAGGAAAUUUUAGAGAAUAUACAUGCUGAUGUUUGGGUAUACAAGGUUUAUAGCCCUAUCACUUUAUGAUGCAUCUUGAAUAUCUACAGUCAGUGUCAAAAUUUGUUGACACAUAUUUGAAGAGUUCUAUUUAUAUGUAGAAUAACACUCCUGUUUCUAACACACUCUAAAUCAUUGACAAGACCCUCUUUCCCCAUUCAGUGUUGCCUGUAUGAAGCUAAAAGUUCAUGGAAUCAUGAAACAACAUUGUUUUUAAGGGAAAUGGGGCGAACACUAAGUUAAUUUAGCAAGGGCAAAACAGUUCAAUGAAAGAGGAUUGAAAAGGUCAAUGUGUCAACAAUUUUGUCGCCGACUGUAGUUUACGGUGUGCUCUUUUUGUUCAGCAAUGUCAAUUCUAGGUUAAAUUAAUUCAACAAAUACACCAACAAGUUAACACUGCUCCGUUAUCUUUUUCUCUUCAGAUCGUUGUAACAUGCCUCUUGGUGUUGCGGACCGUCGAAUAGCAAAUCCUCUGAUCACUGCGUCAUCUUACCACAGUUUUUACUGUGGACCGUGGAAUGCUCGUCUGCAUCAGAGACGAGUGGGAAGGAUGGGAGGAUCAUGGUGUGCUCGUAAAAAUGAUCUCAGACAAUGGCUACAGGUUAGUGGGUGACAAUGUGAUUCUUAAAUGGAAAAGGUAGGGAGGCUUACUCUGUGACCUUAAGUCGCUUUGAGACCCCUCAGUUCGCUUUAGGUUGCGGAGACUUAAGUCACAAAGGAGGCCUUUGAUUGAGGCGGUGGGAAAAAGUAAAUUUUUCAGAACUCAGAGAACCGUGAACCGCUGACACCUUCCGAGAAUCAGAUUGUGUCGAGGAAAAUAAGCCAACUUGACGGAAAAACCUCAUCUGUACGCAGUAACGCUAGUUAUUCUGUGAACUCGAGGUUUGUUUACAUGCCCUCUCGUUUGAUUGGCCGAACUUCUCUCAGGUGUUCAUGGUUUUUUGAGUUAAAUAAAAUAAGAAAGAGGAAAUCAUUAUUUUCCCAAAAUUUGCAAGCAAGGAUGUUAUCCAUAGAUUAAGGUGACCGUUGCUCAAAUUAUUAGGGACCUUUAGCAAACCACGACGACGACGGCAACGAGGACAUGGAAAAACAAAAGAUCUAAUUGGCAGAGCAAUAGGUCAGCACGUGCGUUUUAAAACUUUGUACAUUUCUUAGCCGUUCUAUGCAAAACAACAACGUGAAAUCACCACAAUUUGCGUCGUCUGCGAACCGAAACCGCGUCGUCAAAUGAAUUUAAUUUCCAUUUGGAACUCAACGCUUCUUUUAUACGUUAUGCUGAAGUUGAGGUGUGGCGCCGUAUGAGACGGUAAACACAUGUAGCUACUUUUUAAAUUCUAAUUAAAGGCAGAAAUUCAUUUUUUUCUCCCUUGGCGUUGCCGUCCUGACUGCUUAAGGUCCCUAUUCUUAGGAGAUUACAGCAGAUGCGUUAAACAGUUGUCUUACAUCUAGGUCGCUUCUUCCCAACAGGUUGAUUUUGAGGCAGUUACCAAGGUAACAGGUAUUGCCACUCAAGGCCGAUAUGACGCUGAACAGUGGGUCAAAACUUACAGAAUAUCUUACAGCCGUGACGGUUCCUCCUACAGAUAUUACACAGAAAGAAGAGUUGUGAAGGUAUCUGCACCCUUUUGGAAAAGUUCUCCAGAAAUAACAUAACCAUCUUUCGUUCGGGUUUCAUCUUUACUUUUACUUGUGUGUCUUAUUUUCUGGUUUUUUUUUUUUUUUUUCUUUUUUUAACUCUUUUCGGUUUUGUAUUUGUUUUAUUCACCUUUGCUGUGUCUUUUGGCCUUAUUUCCUUUGGUUCAUAUGCGUGAAUUAAGUUUUUAUUUGCUUUUUUUUCUUUGUUAAUUUUCCACAUUCUGUCUGUUUCUUUGGAAAAAUGUCACUAUCUUACUUUAUGUUUAUUUGUGCUUUUUUAAUCCGUCAAACGAAUGAACCCUUCACGAUUUUUUAGUUGUUCCGAGGCAAUUAUGACCGUUACAUUGUGGUAACACACACCUUAAACCGACCGAUCACUGCUCGGUAUAUCCGAGUUCACCCCAGAGCGUAUCGUGGAUGGAUGUCCAUGAGAGUGGAGUUCUAUGGUUGCAUCGUCGGUCAGUGAUUUUUUAACUUUUGGAUGAAUUUUUUCAAUGGUUGUAGUUUGUAUUAGCAUUUUUUAUCUGGACUGAACACACUUUAUAGUCUAAUUACCUUUGCCUCGUACAUACGUAACAGGUUACAUCAAAGACUUCCCCUUGUUCAUCUAUCUCCUCCCUUUCCCGUCCCCCCCCUCCCCUCCCCGAAAGAAAAGAUGGAAGAACGAGGAGGUCCAGCUGAACACCGACUCAAACGUUAACGAAAAAUUCUUAAGAUAAAAUAAAUGACGACAGCACUUGUAAUACUAGAACGUAUGUAACACCAACUUUAAAACAUGACAGACUGGUAGUGGUUCUUGUCUCAUGAGCUACCUUAUUUAAAAUCCUUGGGACGGCGUACAGAAUGGUGAAAUCGCCAAUCUCCCUUGAAGAAAAUGCCCGUUAUGCCAAAAUGCAUCUUCGAGAAUGUAACCAAAGCUUGUUUACCGACAGGUCCACAAUGCAAUCGGCCAAUAGGAAUGGAGAACCGCCGCAUACGAAACCAGCAGAUCAGCGCCUCUUCAGAGUGGGACGCAAACCACGGUGCACGUCUGGCCAGACUCAAUCAGAAGCGUACGGGACGAACUAUGGGGGCGUGGUCAGCACGUGUUAAUAACGCUUACCAGUUUCUACAGAUUGAUUUACGAGUACCAAUGAAGGUAACAAGUGUCGCGACUCAAGGAAGAAGUGAUGCCAAUCAAUGGGUGACUAAAUACAUGCUGUCGUUCAGUCUUGAUGGAGCACAUUUUGCAGUUUAUUGGUCGCAAGGAAGACCCUGGGUAUGUUGUUAAUUUAUUGAUUCCUUACCCUGUUCAUGGAUAGAUUUAGUCAAUCAUAUUUAUUCUUUCAUUCAUUCAUUUAUCCAUACAUCUCUACAUUCUCCCUGGCUAUUAUUACCGUCAUUUUCAAAGUGGCAGACUUCGUUCUCCCAUACUAACGGCGUGGCUAGAGCUACUUUGUAAAAUUAAAGCCUUAAUGAACUUUUGCUGAUUACAGUAAAAACAGAUAGAUAUUGCCACUGCACAGAUUUUGAAAACUGAAGUUUCAAAAUUUCAGGGAAAAAAAGCCCUUUUUUUAAAUUUUGUAGAUUUUCUGCACAAUCUCUCUAAUUGACUCUAAUUUACAUAUUCUUUUAUGUCAUAUCUCAGUACUUUAGUGGAAACCGCGAUAGAAACACCAUUAAGCAACACAGACUGUUCCCAGUCGCUCGCGCCAGGUUCAUACGAUUCCUCCCCAAAGGAUGGUACAGACACAUCUCCAUGAGAGUUGAAGUCAAUGGCUGCCCAGCUGGUAAAGUCACUUUACUUCUGUGUUUGUUUGUUUGUUUGUUUGUUUCUUUGACUGUUCGCCUGUUAACUGUCGUGAUAUGACCUAUUGUUUGCGAAAAUUCAACCACUCGUUUUGUUCUUUAUGUAGUGAAGUCCUGUACAACCUUUACACAGUUCUAUCAUUUACGCCCUUGAAAAAGAAGAAAUAAAAAAAUUGAAAAAAAGAACUUUGGUGCUCUCAAUAUAGUUUUCAAAAGUAAAUUAGAUUACUUUGAAUUGUCACUUGCGUCUCUCAGUUACAUGUGAAUUCUAAGGCUUGGAACCAAACUUGUGGUUGCGAAUUUUCUUCUGUAACAUGACGGUAAAGUGAAACGAACUUUAUUGAUUUGUCUCCAAUGUCAUUGAAAUGCGCAAUAACAAUGAAAGACUGUCUGGAAAAACUGUCGUAAUGUUGUUACCAAGCCUUCUUCAUUCAAUAUAAUUCACUCAAUGACAAUCCUUUUCUUCUUAACUUGUCAUCUUUUCAGGACGUUGUGCUCUUCCCCUUGGUUUGGAAGACAAACGAAUACAGGACGGUGCCCUUAGUGCUUCAACAUAUUACAAUCACCACUUGGCUCCUUGGCUGGGACGACUCAAUUCUAUCCGUUCAUGGAGUACACGUGUGAAUAACGCUCGUCAGUAUCUGCAGAUAAACCUUGGAAAUAUUGGACGCGUUACAGGAAUCGCCACACAGGGCAGAAGGGACGCGCAUCAAUGGGUGACUCGUUAUAUGCUGUCGUAUGGAGAUGGAACCAAGUUUGUAGCCUAUAGGGAAAGAAAUAAAGUCAGGGUAGGUUAUUUUUUUGGACCACUUUGAAGCAUUGUUUUAGCUACUUUCUACACAGUUUUCUUAUUUUAUAAAGGACCUUGUCAAAUGAUUGCAGUCAUCUCGCUCUUCCUUCUGUGAUUAUAUUUUCAUGUACGAGGCUUGUCCUGUAAUCAAGAACCUAGUUUUGCGGCCGAUAAUUUGGCAACCGUGUUCAGAAAUUUCCCACGUGAUCUCUCUCGCCCGGUUGUCAAGAUGCAACAGAGCUUACAUUUCUCAUCUUAAAGUAAUUACACUGACAUAUUUGCGCGGUAAAGCGGGCUGAAAAUUAUCCCGGUAACCUGGCUGUCUGGCUGAAGAGGCAUUAAAAGCACUAUCCAGAUCUAACUUCAUCGUUUUUGUUUCCAUCUUUUAGAUGUUCCGUGGAAACUCAGACAGAAAUUCAGUUGUAUCCUACACGUUACUCAGACCAUUCAAAGCGCAGUUUGUCCGUUUUCAUCCCAAAUCCUGGAGAAGUCACAUAUCAAUGAGAGCUGAAGUCUACGGAUGUCUUAAAGGUACAAAUUAUAUGUUACCUAACAUAUUCAUUAAAAUAUUUUAUUGAGGGACGAUCAGGCUAAGGAGGAAAUCACCAGUAUAAGAGAUAUCCUUAUAUCAUCUAUCUAAAACUAUCAUUAGCUCACGGAAAUCCUGUGAGGAUUUAGUAGUAACUAAAGCUGAGUCGCUCGAAUGGAUUUCUCUCGCGUUUUGAACGGGUGUUUGACCUAAAAGUUUCUCUGCUUUGAGAUAAGUGUCUGACUCACUAUAAUUUUUAUCGCCGUUGGAGUCUGAUUGGAGAAUUGGCUGUUUCAAAGGAGUUUGACUUAGAUAAGACCCAAAUACUCAGCCUACCUUGUAAAGAUCUCUCGAAAAUAAGAUGUUCACUACCCUGAUGAUUAUGUUAAUAGAGAGAUGACUGACAUAUUCCUUUGUGUUCCAGAAUUAACAAGAUUCUGCAGCUUCCCACUCGGUGUACAAAGCGGCCGCAUCAAGAAUAGUCAGAUGACUUCAUCGUCUGUAUGGAAUCGUUACCACGCACCAUUCCUUGGAAGGCUCAAACGCGUGCGUACGGGUCGUUACAUGGGAGGAUGGGCAGCUAGACACAAUAACCAUAACCAAUGGAUACAGGUUGAUCUCGGCCGUCUUUUUAAGGUUACAAUGAUAUCGACACAAGGAAGAAAAAUUGUGAAGCAGUGGGUGACGCGAUAUACAGUCUCGUACAGUUUGGAUGCCGUUCACUAUGUAUCUUACAAACAGCGAGAUCGACUGAAGGUAUACACCCGUCUUUAUGUUAAAUAUUUCUUUUUUUUUUAUCUCGCCUCUAUUGUCUUAUUGACAUGGCUACCUGAGUUGAUAUGGGGCCUCUAUUUCAUUUUGGGUUUAUUGUUUGGCUUAAACUUGGCCACUCUUGGGAGGAGACAAGAAUCAGACGUAGGAUUUAAAAAUAAGGGCUUGUGGCCGCUUUUUAUUUUGUAUUUUGUAAGAACCCGAUCGUUUAAAAACGAUGUGAUGCUAUGGAGAGCAGAAAAUAAACAAUUUGCCCCAAGAUGAUUUUCAAUGCCUUCUAAAAGGUAAGCGGACAUUCACAGGGGUUGGUUGUUCUAAACACAUUCAGCACUCAUUUGGGAUGAAAAGUCAAACAUCAUUCUAUAGUAUCUCUUGAGGGCAUUUAUUGACUCUUUUUUCAUAAUCGUUUUCAUAAUUGUUUUCCCUAUAAAGUACUUUGUAGGAAACUACGAUGGAGAAUCGAUUGUCACACGCACACUGACUCCACCAAUAGUAGCACGUUAUGUCCGUGUUCACCCUCGUGGUUGGUACAGGCAUAUCUCCAUGAGACUUGAGCUGCAUGGUUGUACUCCAGGUGAGAAACAUUACGUACAUAAACCAACACAUAAGUUCUAACAACUGAUUCAACCCUUUCACUCCCAAGAUCUCUUUAGUAAUUCUCCAUACUGUCUGUCACAUAUUCCUUAUAAUUUUAUUUCAGAGAAUUAAGUAUUGCAUCAAAUCUCCUUAAUGAGAUUUUUCUUAAUUCUCGUCACUUCUUUGCUUGUGGUUGUAUUUAUAUUAUAAGGAGAAAUGAUGUCUUGGUCUGUCUUGGGAGUGAAAGAGUUAAACACUGUGCAGUCUAAGUUUCGGUAUCACCUUUGUUUGGAGAACUGGUAGGAUAUUUUCCGGUCAAAUUGUCUUUCUAGUAGUACUAAUUCAACAAUUAAAUUUUUUUUUAUUUUCCAGAGCGUUGUGAUAUUCCACUGGGCUCAGAAGACGGUCGCCUGCCUGAUGUGUCUUUCACUGCAUCCUCUAUCUACAAUGCUCAUUAUGCCGCCUACCAAGGCCGACUGAAUGCCAUGCGCAGCGGCUCAAGAUACGGCUCAUGGAUAGCACGUUACAACAACAGGCGUCAGUGGUUCCAGAUUGACCUUGGAAACCGAGCGAUUGUCAUUAAGAUAGGAAUCCAAGGAAGAUAUGACGCCAAUCAGUGGGUGAAGAGCUUUACAGUUUCCUAUGGAAUGAAUGGAUUUCACUUCAGGUUCUACAAGGAAGGAGGGCGAACAAGGGUAUGUGAAACCACCAUAGGGAAGUUCAGUUUAGUACGGGGCAUUCUGUUGAUGAACGCGCGGGCCAUAAUCUGAGCAACACUACGUUGAUAAUAAAAAGUUGCGUACCUAAACUUGUCUCGGUAUCGGAUUUUCAAAAGAGGAACCUCAAAUACUUAAAUUGAGGCGAAAGAAAACUUGCCCAUUUUCCAUACAUGUAGAUUGUUGCAACUGUCUUUCUAUAAUGCUCAUCACUGUUUUAUUAUUUUAUUAUAUUAUUUAUACAGGUCUUCCAAGGAAACUCCGAGAGGCAAAUUGUCGUUAUAAACCGUUUCCGGUCACCGAUCCGUGCUCGUUUUAUAAGAAUGUAUCCACAGACUUGGCAUGGCCAUAUUUCAAUGAGACUUGAGCUUUACGGCUGCAGUAGAGGUAAGAAAUUACAAGUCCCAUGCCAAAUCAACAUCAGUGAGUUUCGCAUGUUUUCUUGGUGACUGCACUUUUCAAGGGGCUUGCUAGAUUGGAAGGGUACCUUUAGGGUUUCUCUGGCAAAUGUACGCGUCAACUCAUCCAAAAUAGCAGUUUUUGUCACGAAUGAGUCUUACUUUGAAAUUCUCUCUGUUCAAAAUAAAGAAUGUCUAUUUUAUCACUCGGGAUCUCAAAAAAAAAAGUUUUUAAAAAAAAAUUGCUAUUUUACCUGAUGUUUUUUGUGGUUCGUCAAAUUUUUCUAAUUGAUGUUAAUGGAAUAAUGUUUUUUCUAGGUCACAUGUGCAAUCGACCGCUUGGGAUGAUGACGGGGGCAAUUAAAAAUUCGGCCAUCACAGCAUCAUCCAUGUGGGAUAAACAUCAUGCACCAUUUUUGGCCAGGCUUAAUGCACGACGCAUGGGCAGAUAUCAGAGUGCCUGGUCAGCCAGGUAAAGAAACAAGAAAUUUAAAAUGUUAUAUUUAUGUCGUAGGGUAUAUAACGCGCUUAGUGUCAUUGACUAUUGUGGGCAUGAGCAAUGAGAUGUUGAUCUUUGCCACCGUUCAAAAGAGCUAACUCAAGUAUUUGGCAUUAAAAUUUCUACCUUUAGCUAUUGCAUGAGGCUAGAACUAUGUUUUCAUGGUUAGUAUGGAAUGUGUUGUAAACUAAAGACAUUUUGUGGUCUGGGUGGUCCAAGAAACAUUAAUGUAAGGAAGAGUAGUUCACUCUUUCACUAAUGAAGUUCAGUCUCAUUUAUAUCUUCUUAAAACAAUUAACAAGGUUUGUAUUUUUCAUUCGAAGGCAUAACAAUCGUCACCAGUUUCUACAGAUAGACCUGGGAAAAAUAUCAAAGAUAAUACGUGUGGGUACGCAAGGACGAGCUGCAGUGAAUCAAUGGGUGACAGUUUACUAUCUGUCGUCCGGUGUAGACGGCGUACACUUUGCUAGAUACAGAAAGAACUCCGUGGAUAAGGUGAGAAUCAAAGUGACAGAUCGUAAAUUACGCAAGCUUGCCUAGAGUGAAAACCAGCUACUUUUCUUGAGAAAGUUAGACUCAGGAGAUAAACUAAACGUUCGAUAUUCUUAAACGAAAUUUAUGAGGCGCAUAUUCUUGAAGUAUAUGGUGUAAAGGUAAUUCCGGGCACAUUUAGGCUAUAUUGCAUUUUUAUCAGGAAAGUUAACAGAAUAUUCAACUUCGCAAUGUGGCUUAAAACGUUAACCCUGUAAGUCCCAAGAUUCAAUAAGUAAUUCUCAGCUCUGACUGCCAUGCAUUUCGUCUUAGACAGGAGAAUUUGGUCUUUUUAUAUCAAAGGAUACUCUUUAGCCGAUAAGCUUGUAUGUUCGUCAUUAUCUCUUUGCAAAAUAACAUAUUAGAAUUGCAAGGAAAAACUAAGUGUCGAUCACCUUUAGGAGUUUAAGAGUAAUUAAAUAUUAAUUGCAAUUAUGACAAUAGGAGGUGUUAAACCAGUUUUGCUUUUGCACUGGUCCAUUUGCAACAUAUUCAGUGAUUCUUUUAUAUUUCCAUGUUUUGGUUUCACUAAGUGAAGACGUAUUUUUUCAUUGUAUUCUGGCAGCUGUAUUACACUAUGUCCUGUAUACAUAGAACCAACAUCUUGCUUCUUUUUUUCAGUAUUUCCGUGGCAACCGUGACAGAAAUACAAUAGUUUAUAACUCAAUUAUUCCGUCUAUCCGAGCUCGCUUCCUUCGAAUCCAUCCCUGGUCGUGGCAUGGCCAUAUCUCCAUGCGGGUCGAGCUGUUUGGCUGUGCUUUAGGUGAGGCCAUUUGGGAACGUUUUAUAAAUGCGUGUUGUUUUCCUUCUGCAUUAUACUGUUUUUGUUUUGUUUGCUUUUUUGUCUUUAUUCCUGGUGAGUGGGUUUUGUGCGCUUCAGUGUGGUAAAAUAGAAGAAAGAAAUUCGGAACUCAGGCAAUUAAACACAUCGCUUAUUUGUAUUGACAUUGCAAUAAAAAGUCAAUGUACAUUGUAACAAUCACUUAAUUAUCCUUAAGUACGUGGAAAAGAUUAUUAAAACGAAAAGUAUCAAGGAACUGCCACAAACGCUUACGCUUACUAUAGAUGGUUGAUGAUAAGAUCGGUUGAUAUUGGGUUUAUAGACAAAACAAAACAAAAACUUUCCGCGCGUAGCAUAUUCUGGCUCCGCCUGUGGUAAUAGAAUCUUUCUUCUCUCUGCAUUAGCUGACUUGCCAAUAGCAAGAAAUACUACAACGUCUUACAGCAAUGGACAUGAUACAUGAAGCAAGAAGAAUUCAUUCUAACCUUUCAUUUCUUUUUGACAGGUGCAUGUGGUGCUCCACUCGGUUUUGAGGAUGGCCGCAUUCCAAAAUAUGCCAUGACAGCCUCUUCAAUGUGGGAUUGGCGGCAUGGUCCUUAUAGAGCUCGUCUGAAUCUUCUGAACCGCGGAGGCACCGGAGCCUGGUCGACGCGUUAUAACAAUGUAUUCCAGUGGAUACAGAUUGACCUAGGUGAGGUGUCAAAGGUUGUUGCUGUGGCAACGCAAGGCCGAUACGAUGCCAACCAAUGGGUGAAGAAAUACGAGAUAAGCUACGGCUUGUAUGGCAACAAGUUUAAGUUCUACACAAUCAACAGAAAAGUCGUGGUAAGAACUGUUUAUUUUUCGCCUUGUAUUUGCAAAAAUGUCACUCCAGCACCUAGAUUUGAUUGAUUAAAAUCCGAUGACUUUUUUUUUUUUUUUCAAUUUCUCUCAGAUGUUCGCCGGUAACAGUGACAGGAACACUGUAGUCUUUAACAGGCUCUACCCCAGUUUCCGUGCUCGGUAUGUCCGAUUCUAUCCCAAACAGUGGCACAGUCAUAUCUCCAUGAGAGCAGAGCUUUAUGGUUGCAAUAGAGGUAAGGAAACCUUAAAUUACAUCAUUACAUCAUUGCCACAUCAAAAUUACAUCAUUAAAUUACGUCAUUACAUCAUCAAAACAAUUAUUUAUUAAUUUUAGUAAUGCUACCCUGACAGUAUUUCACUUUCCCGAAAUAAAGCUCAAAUUUUCUGUUUGUUUUUUUGGUAAGAGUAUUCUUCCAAUCGAGAAAUAGGGCAGUUUAAAAGAAAGGAAAUGUUUUGAAAGUUCUCAUGUUCACGUUUUUUUCACUCGCAACUUAACUCUUAUAUUAAUACAAACAACAAAAAUUUAAAAGUAGGCAACACUCACUAAUUACACAAAGAGGUUAGAUCUCUCGCUCCAAAAAUGUAUAUCCAGAGGAUUUUACCAAAUGUUCUCUUGCUUACUUAUUUUUCCAUUUUUAAUAAUUUUUUUUAUUUUCUAUCAAUUUUUCUUUUUCUUUGGUAGCCAUGUUCCGCAUGUGCUUCCAGCCACUUGGAAUGCAGAAUGGUAAGAUACCAAACAGCGCCAUCAGAGCCUCGUCUCAAUGGGACAAGAACCACAAUCCUGCUCGGGCGCGACUCAACAUAAAGUAAGUUAAUUAACAAGACUGCAUGACUGAAAUCAGACUUAGCCCAUUCCCUUUUUUGUCGUGCGAUACUGCAGACAUGAAGGGAAUGGGGCUAGGUCGAGACGACAAAAACGGGGCCUAGUCUUGUACCCAGCUCCUCUCAACAAACAUCCUCGCUCUAUAUCCAGAAAAAAACAGGCCUUCUCGUAGUCCACAUGACAAAUGUUGUAUUUAGUUCGGCAGGUUCUCAUCACUUCAAGUGUCCUUAAAAGUUUUCCCUGAGGACAAAUAGUUAUUCCAGUUUUUUUUACAGGACAAGUUAUCAAAUGAAAUAUAAGUUAAAGACAAACGUGACUCGUCAAAGACACCUCCAAAUGAAAUUGCGAGUGAGUCUUAAUCAAACUUGUUACAUUUUACAGGAAAGUGGGACGUCUGGUGGGUGCAUGGUGCACAAGACAUAACAAUCAUCGGCAGUUUUUACAAAUCAAUCUUGGAGGACCAACCAGGAUAACUAAGGUCGCCACACAGGGUCGGUAUGAUGCGAACCAGUUUGUCAGGAGCUACUAUCUGUACUACAGUCAAAACGGAAGGACGUUCCUGCCCAUUAAAGAUGGAGCAAAGAUUAAGGUUUGUAAACAAAAUUGCUAUUGGUGUAAAGUAAAGCCGAUCUACUCUUAAGGGGCACUCUCUUUCCAGAGAACAUUACCAUCCAAGAGACACAAGCUGUAGUCCCAACGAAAAAGAUGUUCCUAUUACUGUUGUAUCUUUGGUCUCAUUGAAGGGACACAAUUACGCAAGGGACACUUUUUGUUUCCCACGGGUACCAUCUGAAUGGAGGUUCCUCAGUAUCUGUUGCUAUCAGUGAAGGGACAUUUUCAUUUAGAGGACCCUUUUUUUUAGUCUCAAUAGUGCCCCCGUAAUGGAGGUUCCACUCUAUCUGUCACCUUCACCUCGCUUUAAGUGACACUUUUUAUAUUCUCGAGGGUGUCCCCCUGAAAGGAAGUCUCACCGUAUAAAGAAAUAGAGCCUUAGGUAUUAUCUUAAUGUAACACCAAAUUCUCUGAACUAUUUUGAAGGGCAAUCAAGAUAGAGGAGGAAAUUUUCUUAUGUUUCCUGGGAAUUUCACUAACAGUUGACUCAUACAGGCUUUUUACGUGUUCUCUUUAAGCUAUUCCGAGGCAACUUUGACCGGUUCUCCAUAGUAGAGCAACCCAUUAACCCACCAAAGAACGGAAGAUAUGUGCGGUUUAACCCCAGAUCAUGGCACGGUCAUAUAUCUAUGAGGGUUGAAGUGUAUGGCUGUCGCGCAGGUAAGGUUUGAAUUGACUGACUGACUGACUCACUCACUCACUCAUUCACUCACUCAUUCACUCACUCACUGACUUUCUGACUCACUGACCAAUUUGCUAACUCAGUAACUGAAUCAUCAACCGACUGACUGGCUGACACUCAGACUCAAUACCUCUUUGACUCAAUGACUCCUCGACUGACACCCCGACCAACUGAACUGACUCAAUGACUGACUGACUGACUCAUUCACUAAUUCACUGUCUUACCAGCUGAUUGAUUGAUCUUCUUUGUGUCAGAUUAUCCGGAGAUUUCCCAUCCAGUCGUCCGUGCUGUCACCAAACCUGGCCGCGGCUGUUCAAAGAUUGCACUUCGCUGCUACUUCAACACCAGGGGACGAAGAAACAGUCGAAUAAUAGCCCGUGUACACUGGAUUGUGAACAAGAAAGUUACCAAGGCAGAAACUGUUCGAGGAAACUAUGCUGAACUCUUAGAAAACACAUAUGGAUUUAAAGCUGGAACAACGGUUUGUAGAAUAAAAUCGUCCUUUUUGUAACUGGACAAGUCGAGUCAGCGAAACUCAUUGCAUUGUUUUCAAAAACUAUUUGGUUUGUUGCUUGAUCGAGUAUUCACGAACAAAAAAGAUGUUUUGUCAAUGAAAAAUUCGUAUGAUGAAAUCUGAAGAGCACAUUGAUAAAGCAGAAAAAAUUAACUCUUGUAGAAGAGUGAUUGUGAAGUCUUUUACAAGUCAAGUUAUUUAUCAUUUCAAAGUGAGUCUCACCCAACAAGACCGCCCGUUCAAAAACAGGGUAUGUUAAAGUCUUCUUAACAUGCGACUUCAACCAAGUCACAAACAUCAAAAUUAUAUGAAAGUUAUUUGAACUGGAAACAAAACAACUCAUAACGAGACCUUGCGACAUAAUGUUGCUGUUGGAUGCAAUAUAGUCGCUACUGUGAAAAUGGAAGGUCGCCGUUUUCCCGAAUAUAAUGUAUGUCUUUUGAUUUCCUUCUAUUGCAUACUUGACUUGAAUAUCAGUAUUUUUUUAUGUGGAAAAGAGAUUUAAAAAAAACACAUUUGUUUCCAAUACUUGCAGGUUGCUUGUAAGGUAAAGGCGCGGUAUUCCAGUGGAAAGGACUGGACAAUGGCUCAAUUAAGUAAAGCCUUUUUCACUGGCAUUAAGGUAAAAUUUACUUCUCUCGCCCUCUGCAUUUAGACACUUUAGCCUCCUGUUGUUGAGUUCGUUUAGUUGAGGAUUAUCUUCAGACAAAACAAUGUUACCCCUUCAACUCUCAUGAGUGACCAAGAGAGAAUUUCUCCUGACACUAUCAAUACAAUAUCAAGCAGACAAGUGAUGAGAAUAAAGAAAAAUAUCGGGGGAUUUUAGUUGAUCCAGUGCCAAAUUCUCUCAACUGACAUCAUAAGAAUUGUAUGGCCAUGAUGCAAAUAAGAAAAUUAGUAAAAAAGAUCUUGGGAGGGAAAGGGUCAACACUGGCUAAGAUAAAUGCCAAAGUAUUUUUUAAAUCUAGUAACCUAAGAGAGAGAUGUUAUUCAUUUGUCAUGAAGGUGAGACAAAAAGAAAAAAUAUAAGUCAUCUGCUAGGAAUUGAAAAUCAGACCUUUAGAUUUUCCUCAGAGACUCUACGGUGAGUUAAGGCCAUGGCUAGGUUCAUUUGUGACACUGCUAUUAGCAUUCAAUUUCUUUCUCUGAUUUAUCUCUUGUUCUGAUUGUUUUCCAGGUCAAUCCUAAAGCGCUCACAAUGACGGACAGCUCAGGCUGGAAAUUAAUCAGACUUCGUAGCUUGGUACCAAUCAGAUGUCGUGGUCGUCGAAGUUGUUCUGUGAUCAUCAAAUUUCAGUCUCAUACAAGAUUUGUGACGGACAGAUGUAAAAUGACUCUGACAGAGAGAAACAGGAAAAAUUAUGGGUUUUAUCUUAAACCUGUGAGAGAUUUCAGAAAACUGAAGAGAAAUAACGUCCGUGCUUACUUCAGUCCCAUUAGGUUCACUCCUGGACUCUGUGGAUUCUGGAAGGGUUACACUCUUCCACCGAUCAAGGUGAACAGGGAUUUUAUGGUCAGCGGUGUUAUUGACUGAGUGAGAUACAGUGUCACAAAGAGCUGUGGAUAACCCAAAGUAAAAAAACUGCUCCAAGUGCGGGAAAACGAGGGUGACAAAGUCGCGACUGGGUUUAGUUUGGCAACUGAUUGGUUGAGAGGAUGGCGCGGGAUUCCUUGACAAAUAACUGAGUGUCUCAGAGCAAAACCAAUGUUAUAAGGAUUUCUUAUUUCCUUUUUGGCACCCAACGAAAAUUACUUACUCGAUUUUACUUAGUUUUGUGUUUCUUUGAUAUGUAGGAACGUCUAUCAAUUCGACUGUAUAAUUACAUUGAAUCUGAUAGGAGAACGUUCUAGGGUUUUUCUGAUACGGCAAAGCUCUAAGCUACCUAACUGAUUGAUUUUCUAGGUCAUAACAUCCAACAGAGGUGUCAAGAAAUGUCAAGGAACUGGAGAUCCUCAUUAUCGAACAUUUGACAACAAGUGAGUCAACUGCUCUUUGACUUGUAUACCAGAAAAUCGUGGUGGAUGGGCUACAUCCCACUACCCAAGGGAUUGAUUUUAUUUGUAUUCCCGUGUUUGUAUUUGCCCCUCCCUACAGAGUAAAUUGUGAAUACUUCUUUCUUAGACUUAAUUACUCAAGUCAUGCUUCGUGGUAGGAACUGUUUUUUUGUUGGUGUUUAAAAUUGCUGUGUGUUUUUCUAUUUCAGGUAUUACGAUAUACUGAGGAACGCUGGCACUUACGUUAUGGUGAAGAGUUUGAGAAGAAACUUUGAGGUAUGGACUUUUACAUUAAUUCUACAGCCAACUCUGCGCACCAUUUUGGCUCGUGGGCUGGAAGAGCCUUGACAGCGGUGGCCUAACGAUUAGUCCGUUAGAGUUCGGGCAGAGAGGUCUGGGUUUGAAACCUGGCCGGGUCGUUGUGUUGGGUUCUUUGGAAGGACACUUUACUCUCACCAGGCCUCUGUCCACCUCACCAUGCCUCUCUCCAUCCAGGAGUGUGUUUGGUACUCGCAAACUGUUAAGGAAACUUGACAAAAUGCCGUGGAAGGGGGGGGUUAACAUUCGAUGGACUAGCAUCCCAUCCAGGGAGGGUAGCAAUACUUGUCGUCCCGUCAUGCUUCAGAAACCGGGAUAGACUUCUGCCUUGUGCGCCUAUGGUACGAGCGCUGACUUUGUUUUUUCACCUCCAUCCAUGUCGUGUCUUUAGGUGCAUGCUCGUCUAUGGCCUUGCUGGAGAGUGGUAUGUAACUGUGGUGUAGCCAUCCGUGAGAAUAAUGAUGUGGUGAAUAUUGACAUGUGUCACGGACCAUGGAAAAGAACCAGCCCACGUGUGAUCCAGAAAUCACGCGCGCCUCUUGGCAACCGAAUGAGAAUCCGACGAUAUGGAUCUGGUCAGAGCACGCGCUUUAAGGUUUGUGUCAAAACGUCUUUCGUUUCACUUUCUGUGAGUUGAACAGGUUACGGGUUAGGUAGGUAAGGGGAGUAAGAGUAUUAGAGGUUAAGGGUGGGUAAGUUGAUUCGUGAAAGUGAGACAUUGCAAAUUGCAUUCUGUUCGAUAUGCGAAAGGAGGAAUUUUGACAUACUAUAACAAAAGAAACUUUUAUACCCUGGAUCUCCAGAGGUGCAGCAUUGGAGAUGUACAUAUUAGUUUACUAGAUAUGGUUUUUAUUUAUUCUUUAUUCUCUUAGCGUCUGUUGUGAGACAUCCUUGGCCAUCCUCGUAGAUCGUUUGUUCGAAGGGUGGUCAACGCUAUGCACUGAAUAAAUCUCUAUCCGGUGGAUAAUGCUGUACGUAUUGUUGACCAUAAUCCGCUGAAUGGUGAUUCAUCCGUUGAAUAGCGUUGUCUGUCCUUAAACCUCUGGGCCUUGGUCUUAAAAUAGUCAAUUUUAGAUAUCUUGUUGCGCAGAGAAACAAUUAACCAGUAAUGUUUUGUUUUCAGGUGAUGAUGAAGUCAGGUGCAAUAGUCGAGGCUAACUGUGCUAACUGGGGUAUGAGUUUGUACGUCACAGUCCCUGGUGUAGACUCUGGAUCCACUGUGGGACUCUGUGGAAACAACAAUGGUAACCCGCACGAUGACUUGGAGAGAAAGGGUAUCUAUACAUUCGCGAAUAAAUACAGGUGAGUUGUCAGAAAGAACCCUGCAAAAAAUCGUAGCGAAAACGACCUUUUUUUAAUUUCUUUUCCUGCCUUGCUAUAACAGUUAACUGGUUGAUAAAAUGGUCUUAGGAGAAACUUAUUUAAUAAGCUAUUAUGAAGUUAAAAAGGGCGUUGAACAGAGAUUCUACACUUUACUUCUUGGUCGAGAAGAUUGGUUCAGUAGAGUGAGACGCAGUUCGCUACGCCCCGCGCCCUCAAUAUCGGGGAGUUAAACCUUUAACGAUCGCACAGGGGAAUCUAAUCGGCCUUAAAAAACGGCAGUUUCAGUGCAAUGAUAAUAGAUGUGAAUAAUAUAUAUUUUGAGGUUGCAAGAUAUUGUACUAAUCAUAAUAUGUUUUUGUUUUCUCUUUUAGACUGCGUCCAGGUACCAGUCUCUUUGAGCGACUGCCUCCUCGCAUCUCAUCUCUAAGUCGACGCGUCAAGCCAUCUUGCGCAUGCGUUAAGAAAGGCAACCGCCGCUUCAACACAUGUGACGUGAAGCCACUACCAGACACGGACAAGGGCGGGAAAUCUGUGAAACCUAUCAAAGUUCGGCCUCAUCCGAAGAAACCCGGACGAACCGAUAAUAGAGAUUACGACCCGAACUCUAUCAACUAUGUCUUUAAACCUCCCAAAGUGAAGUAUCGUGUCCCUACCUGGCCAACGAAGUCGGGAAUCACUCGGAAGAAGGCGAUAAGGCAUUGUAAGAGAGAAAUCUCGCGUAUAGUGCGCGUAUGCAAGAAGGUUGUGAGUGCCAAGAAGUUGAAAGUCAUGACAGAGUGCGUGACCGAUAUCAAGGUAAGCUGCCAUAGCAUUGAUUCCUUCUCGUGAACACUUUUUUUUAAUCAUAAUCAUAAGGAUCUUAGAAGAGUGUGAAUUACAGAGUGAUUUUCUUGACUCAACUGGAGUGUGCUGCAAUGCGCAAACAUACAGAAAACGUGGUAUUUUUAAGUUGUACCUGUAACAGCAAAUGUUACACUCGAUCUCUCCCACUUUUUUUAAAAAACUUUUCAAAUGUUAAGCUCCAGUACUUAAUUCUGUAUGGGGUUUGAAGAUUGCAAAAACGUGAGGCGAUCAUCGAAGUGACAAGACAGGUGCAGGUCCAUUUUCAGGUCGGUUAGAAUGGUCUGUAAAACCAUUAGCUAAAGCAAUUCACGUCUCUCUUUUUCCUGCGUGGAUCAUGAGGACUUGUCUCUGCUAGAAUCUGCUGCGGUUAACAAAACACUCAGCUUAUGUGGUAUCUCUGUCUUACUUUUACAUCCCUAAAAUUUUGAAGCGCCACUGUUUAAUUCUGCAAUUAAAGGUUUCACGGACUGCAAAAACGUGAGGCUUUCAAUGAAGUAACCAUAACGGUUUAGGUACAAAUCUAUAAAACCAUGCAAUGGUGCAAAUUGCAGUUGGUCUUCAAGAUCAAGCAAAAACGUAAAUCGGAAAAAAAUUAAACAGUUAGUUACUGAGUGACAAAUCAAACGGAAAUUGAUUUACGGAAUAUAGUCCGAUGUUGACUGCGCUUUCUUCUCUGUGUGCUAACAUUGCUUUUUCUAUUUUCCAGAUAUCAGGUAAACUCUCCAUGGCCAAGUCAGCAUUAUCCAGUCUGCAAGACGCUUGCAAAACUGCAGCUCUGGUGAAUCCCAAAAACUACAAGAAGAAAAAGAAUGGCAAAGUUGUCCCCAACGUAAAUAUCCUCGGCAAGCUUUGCCCUGACAACUGCAACAAGAGAGGUAGAUGUGUGAACGGAAAAUGCCGCUGUUAUCGUGGUUAUGCUUCAAGUGAUUGUUCAGUCGACAAGAGAAAGCCGCCUAAGAUUGAUGGACUUCAGUCAAAGGGCAUGUGCGACUUGAGGAAACGGGCGUGUCGCUUUGCAAGCGUAUAUGGGCUUGGCUUCUGGGAAGGUCACUUAAACUGUCACGUGCAAAAGGCCAGGGUAUGUAUUUAUUGUAUUUUCUGUUUGUUUAUUUUCUGCAAGAGCAUAAGAUGUAACAAUAGGAGAUAGGACAUUGCGAAAGGUCCUUGAAACAAACAGUUUGAUGUUCAAGUCCACUUAUUUUCUGGUUCCGAUCAUACGCACGGAUUCAAACCAGUUUGAUUUGGUUCGGCCUCAGUUGUUAUGGAUCACUCACUUGUUAUGCAAUCACUGAGUCCGCUGACCAGGACACAAGCCUAGCGAUUUUGAAUCACCACCAAGGAUGCUGACCAUUAGUUCACUUCCUGACAUACAGCGGCAAUAUAACAACAAUAAGUAUCGGUAACAACUAUUUUUUCCUGUUUAGCUGAUACGUCGCAGAUGGCAUGGAAUUGGAGCACAGAAGAAGAACCGUGGUCACUUGCAGAGUUUCAGGGAAGCAAGAUGUAAACUUCCCUUCAGCUUUCCUAAAGCAAGAAAACUCCGUGGCUUACCUCUGAGAAUACUGAUCUCAAUUUCAAACAAUGGCGUCUUGACCAGCAACCGGUUGAAAUUGGUUAUUUUCGACUCAGCUUGUCACAGAUGUUUACCAAAUGGACUCUGCUGGCGAAAGGUGCUACUUAUUUCUGUUAUACAGUGUCAGUUAUGAAUAACGGAUUGUUCAUUUAAAGAAGAUUUGAGUUACUUUCUCCGUUUUUUUUCGUUGCUCCUUUAUUCAAGUUAAAUCGCUUAGAGAAAAAUAAGAGGGGGGUAUGUUUCUAAAGAAACUGUGGUGCUGCGUCGGUGGGGUAAGGGGGGAGGAAGGGGUGGGUAUACCAAGAUAAUUUGGUUUUAUCGGCUGAGUUGAUAAUUUAAAUUGACCAUAGAGAGUUUCCAAAGCUGAUGUUUCGAGCGUUAUCCCUUCCUUCUGACGACAGCCAAUUUACAUUAUCAACUCAUUUAUUAAAACCAAACUUAGCAUAGCAUAGCUCUCUCUUAGAGAGAGCUAUGCAAUGUGCAGCUAUGUAUGUGCAUUUCGACAACCAAACUUAGCAUUGCAUAGCUCUCUCUUAGAGAGAGCUAUGCAAUGUGCAGCUAUGUAUGUGCAUUUCGAAUGAUUAGCAUGAAUUCUUCCUGUUUUCAAUUGCAAUUCGUUUUAAUCCCCCCCCUUUCCCCCCUUCCCAAAUCUUAUUUGAUUAAUUCUUGGAGAUGUCUCGCCAACACAUGCCUCACUUACAGAUUAUUAACAAAGAAGGUCUCUCAAGAAAAUAGAAAUAUAAUUCUUUUACUAUACUGUUUUUUUUUUCAAAUUAAACAAUUUUCGUGUUGCUUUGCUUGAAAUAGAGAACAAACUGCAUUAUCGGAGGGUUGUGUUACGCUGCAAAUGAGCGUCAUCCUACAAACAAAGGACUAAAAUGUAUCCCACAGAUCACCAGGAGUGCAUGGACACGAGGUGAGUAAUUUUGGUAUUUCGUGUUGUAUAACCCUUCCUUGUUCCGUUGAGUUUUUUUCAUUCAACUUCAUCAGCCCUACAGAAUUAGCCCUACAAAGUUUUACCAUACUACCUUGCGGCAUGUGCAUCGGGAAAAAUUCAGCGUUCAAUUUUCAAGUUUGUUAUGUGCAAGCUGUUCUUGUUCAUUUUUGGUUUAUCAUGGUUGCUGCUUGUGGUUUCCUUUUUUACAAAAGUAUUAUUUGUAGCUAUUUACAAUCCAGCCAUUUUAGUUUUCUUUGAUUUAUUCCUAUCUCCGUGGUGUUUUUUUAUCUUAAAAGACGGAUAAUUUAAAAUUUUAAUUCUAUGUAAGGGUUAUUCUCUAUAUCGCUACAAAUGUCGCAAAGAAUAUUGAUGUUACUCCAGUAAAGAUAUCGAGGACUUGUGAAUUUUCCGAUCGUUGUUAAAGCGUAUUUCGGAUUGAUGAAGGAAUUAAUGGUAAUAAAUAUUGACAGUGAUAUUAAUGAUGAUGAUGAGGAUGAUAAUGAUGAUGAUGAUGAUGAUGAUAAGUAUGAUAAAGGAAUGUGAUUAUUUUUCUUCAGUGUCACAACAGUACAAACCCCUAGGAAUGAAAAAUGGUCGUAUUCCAUCCAGUGCCAUCAGCGCAUCCUCCAAAUGGGAUCGUUACCAUGGACCCAACCGUGGUAGGCUUCAAAUCACCCGUCGUGGUCGCUAUAUUGGAGCGUGGUCAGCAAAACAUAACAAUCCUUACCAAUGGAUUCGGGUGGACUUCAGGAAACCUGUUAAGAUAUUAGCUGUCGCUACUCAGGGUCGGCAAGAUCUCAGCCAAUGGGUGACGCGAUACUACCUGACCUACAGUUUUGAUGGAAUCAACUUUGUACCUUACUUGUGUCGGAAGGUAAAUUAUUGAAACUUCUUGUCCCCUACGGAUGGUGGGUCUCAACAAAAUUCUUCCUGACCGUCAUCCUUUAUCCAUCCACACCUUAACAUCAGUUUGCACUUUCUCCAUACUGUUCUCCAUACAUUUCUUAAGGUGCUGACAAGGAGAAUUUGUUUAACAAUCAAGAGCUUCUUCAGUUGAUGAUCAUUUCCUUUAUUCUCGCAACCUUCAUGUUUGAUUCUGGGGUGAUAUUGUAAGGAGAAGUUAGACGCAAGUCACUCCUAGGAUUAAAAAAAACCUUAAUCUCUGCUCUUGUUCGAGUUUUAGUCUAUAAUAACCAUUUGGUUUUUUAAAAACUGUCACUCAUAGACGAUUGUCUUGCAGUAUAAGGGAGUGCGUUUUGUUGUAAUUGUAUUUUUUACAAAUGACACCUACAACUUAAUAAUGGUUAGAGGUUACUAGAGCAGACCUAUUGUAACUGCUUUCUAGAAAUCAAAUCUGCCCUAUGAAGAUAAUUUAUUUUUAAUAGUACUUAAGAUCUAACAUGUCUUCUUUUUUUUUUUGCCAGAUAUUCCGUGCAAACAGAGACAGAAACACAAUUGUAAGACGGCGACUCUCUCCCGCAAUCCGUGCGCGUUUUAUCCGAAUUCAUCCAGUCAGUUGGAGAGGACACAUUUCUCUAAGGGUCGAAUUCUAUGGACACAGAACCUGUAAGGAUUUUAGAUCUAGUACAUCUUUUAGUUAAGUAAUAUGCUACAAUUCAUAUCGGUACACUGGCGAAGUUUGUUGAAAAAAUUUGAAUCAUUCGCACUCGCCGUACUUUUUGUACGCUUUUUUAUAGGAAAAUCUCAUAACGGCGAGCCAGCGAUUUUUUUUUUAUCUCGAAGGGGGAAGCGAAGGUAGAGAGUCUCUUGAAUUAUUCCUUUAAAGCGUAUGCGGUCUUCUUAUAUUUGCAGCUGCAUCAAGACUUCCUCUCGGUGUGGCUGAUAAGAGAAUACGCGACAGUGCCAUGAGCGCCUCAAGUUUCUGGGACCGUUAUCACGCCGCUCUGCGUGGAAGACUUCAUAUAUGCAGAGAGGGACACUUCCGUGGAGCUUGGUCAGCAAAGAAAAACAUCAGAGGACAGUGGCUACAGGUUAGUCUUUGAAGUCUUGAAAUGAAAAGUUGAUAGAGCGCUUUUCGAUUGCGUGUCGUGAGACUAAAACCGAAAAAUCACAACGUCCAAUCAGAAGAAAGGAAAAUAUUUUUAAGAGCGCGGGGAAACGCGUCCUUGGUUUUAGUUUUGCAUAUGAUUGGUUGAGAGAAUGGCGCGUGUUGUCUGGACCAAUCACAAAGCGAAGUUCAGCAAAACAAUUGUAAUCUCACUUUACUUUCAAUGCUCAAUUAAAAGUUGCUCUAAGCAUUUUUCUUAAAACGAUUAGACAUGCUAUGAACUGCGAGAACGACGCUAGAGCAGGACACGUCGCACUUGAAAAUCCUUCUUGUGUUCUGGAUGUUAAGCUUCUCUAACAUAACAAAUUGGUUCUUUACAGGUUGACCUUGGUAAACGAGCAAUGGUUGUGGCCAUUGCUGUCCAGGGUCGCCAAGAUUACGACCAGUGGGUAAAAAGUUAUUCAGUGAAAUAUGGCAACGAUGGAGUAAGAUUUACCAACUAUGGUUCAGGACGAAGAGGGGUAAGAUUACAUCAAAGUUGCUUUGGUGUAUUUAACCCUGCACACCCAAACAUCAGUAUGCAUACUCUCCCUACUGUUCUCUUUAUAUUACCUGAGGUGCUGACACGGAGAGUUUGAUUAACAGUCAAGAGUUUCCCUAGUUGGUGAUCAUUUCCUUUAUUCUCAUCACCUUAAUAUUUGAUUCAAGGGUGAAACUGCAAGGAGAAAAUUAGAAGCCAGUUUCUCUCGUUAAGGAUUAAGAAUCUUUUUAACAUAACUAUGUUUUGUUUUUCUCUACCACUCAUUAUUAAAACAUCAAUGUGAAGGUUUUCCCUAGUCGAUGGGUAAAAAUUAUUGUACUUGCAUGAAAAAGAAACACGGUAUUUCUUUUCAGUUAAAAAAGUCCCUUUGUAAAACUGACCUCAUUUUAGCUCAUAUAGGCAAAAUUUUCAAUUGGAACGUGCAACUGAUUUUGAUGAAAGUCUAAGUACAAAGCACUUUCGUUUAGUGUUUGCGCUUUUUAUUAGUUACACAAACCCCAACUGUUUUUCAUGCACGAUGAUUUCAUCUUCAGAUCUUCCGCGGUAACAGAGACAGAAACACCGUGGUGAGAAAUGCUCUUGUCCCUGCAAUCAGAGCUCGGUGUGUUCGUAUUUAUCCUCUGUCCUGGCACGGACACAUAUCAAUGAGGGUGGAGUUGUACGGAAAAUAUCUGAGUAAGUUGGAAUAACACGUGAGAUGAUAUAGAUGCCGUUUAUGUACAAAUCAGUAGGUCUGUGGUUCAAUUACUUAUUUGAGAUUCUCAAUUUUUUACCUAAAAGGACCACUUCCAGUCGCUAAACCUCUUGGAAUCUCCAACAACCGCCUCAACAACCGUUACAUAACAGCGUCUAGCAUCUGGGAUAAGUACCACGCCGCCUGGCUGGCACGGCUCUACAACAAGAAGCGUGGUCGCUACAUCGGCGGAUGGUCUUCUAAGGUCAACAGAAGAGGACAGUGGAUACAGUAUGACUUGAGGCGGCCGAAAAAGAUUGUGAAGGUCGCCACGCAGGGAAGACAAGAUCUCAAUCAGUAUGUGACACGUUAUAUUAUCAAAUACAGCGCGGAUGCCUUCCAUUGGACGCCUUACAGGAAGUACAGUCGAGUGCAGGUAUAGUAAAAACGUUUUUCUCUUGAAAAGAACUAUUUUUAUUGUAAUAAGAAACUAAUCCAGAUCUGGACGCAUACAGCGGUUUACGGUUUUAUUGCUGCUACUUCAUUGUCCCAUAGAUAAUAUUAUUUAAGACCCUUAAUGGAGUAUAAGCUGAAUUACUUACUAAAUUUUUGUUCGAUCAUGUCAACAGGUGUUUAUUGGAAACAAGGACCGCAAUUCGGUCAAAUCGAACGUUUUUGAUCCGCCAAUAAGAGCGAGAUAUGUUCGUAUUUAUCCACUUGCUUGGGUAGGACAUAUGUCUUUGAGAGCGGAGUUCUACGGACUCUCCCUGCGUAAGUAUUGUACAAACCCAGUGACAAUUCCCCGGUUUGUUCCCACUGAAAGAUGUUACUAAAUUUCGCUGUAUUUGUUUUUUCCAACAGCUCGGACCGGUCUGGAGAUAGGCUCAGAAGAUGGCAAGAUACCAAACAGAGCAUUCACGGCCUCCAGUCAGUGGGACACUUACCACCGAGCUAAUCGGGCCAGACUCAACUCUGUGGCUACCAAACGCUACCGAGGGGCGUGGUCUGCAAAGAAGAAUAACAGACGUCAGUGGUUACAGAUCAAACUGGGCCGAAAAACUAAAAUAACUGGUGUGGUUACUCAAGGUAGACAGGAUGCCAAUCAGUGGGUGAUUACUUACAGCCUCUCGAGCAGCUUGGAUGGGCGCCGUUUCCGUCCAUACCGAGAAAAUGGCCGAGUUAAGGUAUCGUUAAAAGUCGGAUAAAAUCUAAAGUCUGAAUCAACCUACUGAACCUUUAAGUUUUAACUCAUAAGGAAAACUCUGUCUGUUUCUAUGUCUGUGUGUGUCUCUCACAACUUCUUAGUUUUUCAUAUACCCCGUCUAUAUCAAAGUUUACACUUGUGUCCAGGCUUAUAGCAGUUCUUUUAAUCGUGAAAAUUUGUACUGUGAUAAUCGGAAAUAGCAGAUGCUAUCUAUCAGAGCCACUGCAACGAAUACUUUAAGUUCUGAAUGAAUUUCCUGCAAAGAAGAAAGGAGCAAAGAACAAACUGUGGAGAAAUACGAAUAAACAAACGUAUUUCCUGUAUAUCUUCCAUUUUAGAUUUUCCCAGGAAACAGAGAUCGUAACAGUCAGGUGUCUCAUAGGCUCCGCAGCCCUCCAUACACAAAAUUCAUCCGAUUUCAUCCUAUCACGUGGUAUGGCCAUAUUUCCAUGAGGAUUGGGCUCUACGGACAGAGGAGUGGUAAGGAAUCUGUUCAAAAUUAGAUGUUCGUUGGACUGAGUAGUCAUCAGAGCUUGACUUGGUCAAGUACUCAUUUGGGUUACUUUGUAUUUUUGUGGUUGUCUUUAUAUUUCCCUCCUUUUCCACAGGUGUCAGAAGACCAGCUCCCCAGCCCCUAGGACUUCAAAACGGUCGAAUCCGCAAUAGUGCAAUCUCAGCCUCGUCUCGGUGGAAUAGGUACCAUGCUGCCUGGUUAGCCAGGCUUAAACGGCCUAGGCGAGGGCGAUAUGCAGGGGCCUGGUGCGCAAAGGUAAACAACCAUCAGCAGUGGUUGCAGGUGGACCUCAGAGUCCCAAAGAAGGUCGUUGCCGUGGCAACCCAAGGCAGACAUGACUACAACCAAUGGGUGACGCUGUACUAUUUGCGGUUCAGUGUAGACGGUACUUAUUUUGCUACAUACCGCAAGAACGGAAAGAAAAAGGUUAGUCUUAGAAUUAAAUUAACCGAGGUUUGUGAUGCAGCAGCUUGUGAGCGAAAAAAAAUUGUGAUUUCACAAAGCUGACUCUAAUUUUUUUGUUUUGUUUCUGAGCUCCUUCGUACAGUUUCGCUCGAGUUUGAAGGAAAUUUCUCGUUACUCCGAUUAUCAAAUUAUUAUUUUUCUGUAGUUUGCAAUUUUUGCGUGGCUGAACUUUAGACAUUUUAAGUUCUCUUGAUUUGACGCUCACUUCUCUUGUUCAAUUUUAAGUAUUUCAGAGGAAACCGAGACAGAAACACGAUAGUAAUGCACUCAUUGAGGCCAGCGGUAGUGGCGCGUAAAGUCCGCAUUCAUCCAGUCAGAUGGGUUAAUCACAUCUCAAUGAGGGUUGAAUUCUAUGGACGAACUGCAGGUAUGAUACAUCUAAAUCUAAUCUGCACUAUUCUUUUUUUUCGUACCAGUAUUUAAUGACAUCCUUAUUGCUCAAAAUUAAAAGCAAUUAGAUUUCUAAACUUUAAAGUUGCUUUACGUGCCAACUUGCUUCUCACCAGUGCCUACUCGGUUGGCUCUUGGAGUCGAGGACCGUCGAAUCCCGGAUGGAAGUCUCAGUGCUUCAUCGAGCUGGGAUAGGAACCAUGGCCCUAAACGGGCACGCCUUAACAUACCUCGACAGGGACGAUUGAGAGGGGCGUGGUCUUCGCGUGCUAAUAAUCCUGCUCAGUGGCUAUGUGUUGACAUAACAAAACUAGCACGCGUGGCUGGGUUUGCUGUGCAAGGUCGACAGGACUACAGCCAAUGGGUGACGAGUCUAAGGAUAUCAUACAGCAGGGAUGGAAUUAAUUUCCGAUUUUACUCAGAAAGAAGGACUCCAAAGGUAUAUUUUCAUCUGAUGUCGUUUCAAAUAAUCAUAAAACACCCUUAGUAAUAAAUAUUGAAUUUAGUCAAACGUCUCACUUGUGCGUUUGCAGACAAUGAAUUUAGAAAUCACAAAGUGGAAAAUAGGACUACUUUUAUGAGUUAGUUAUGUCUUCCAUUGUUUCGUUUACAGAUUUUCCCUGGUGCCAAGGACAGAAACACCGUUGUGAAGAACUUUUUCAGGCGUUCAAUCGUUGCACGUUUUGUUAGAUUCCACCCAGUACGUUGGCAUGGUCACAUCUCUAUGAGAGUCGAACUCUACGGAUAUCUCCUUGGUAAGCUUUCAGUCAUUGAAAUUUCUCAUAACUUGUGAUUCUCAUUAUUGACUUGCACGAGUUGUUCUAAAUGUCAGUUGACACCUGACCUUAUAUUAUCUGUUGUCAUCAUUUAUCUUAUGGGAAACUGAUGAAUAAUGAUUGUUCUGAGAACAUGAAAUUAAGAAAUAUUGAUCUGAAUUGAAUGUUAAUUUCCACAUUUUUUGUUGAAAUCAAAUUAUCCAUCUUAGGUGAUACAAAACAUUCAAAGUCUGGAAACGUUCCGGAAUGUCUAAAGAGUACGAAUUUGACAGUAGAUUUAUUGGUCUUAGAUAUAAUUGAACUUGCUCCGGACAUUCUCUCUAAAUGGUAGGGCUAUGAUUUUCUUCAAUUUUUUUUUAUCUCUUGAUUCACUCUAGCUCGCGUGGCUCCCGUCAGACCCAGCGGUAUUCCAAGUGGAAAGCGCGGAGCGCGCUACAUCACCGCUUCUAGUUCUUGGGACAAAUACCACGGGCCAUGGAGGGCCAGGUUACAUCAGCGUGUCACAGGACGAUACAGAGGAGGCUGGUCGGCCAGAAAGAACAACCGCCGUCAGUUCAUCCAGUAUGAUUUGAGGAGACCAAGUGAGGUCAUCAAAGUGUUGACACAAGGAAGAUAUGAUUACAAACAGUGGGUGACAAGCUUCUUUAUUUCAUACAGUCAAGAUAAAUAUCGGUGGAUACGGUACAAGAAAUAUGGAAGGGUUAAGGUAAUUGCUGUGACACCUUUUUAAUAAAUGUUUUUUAACCAGAGUAGUUUUUAUCGACUGUAGAAAUAGUUUCCCUACCCGUGUUUAUUUGCGCGAAUUCAAGUUUUCUUUUUUCCUUUUUUCUUUCUUUUUUUGCUGCUUGGUUCGACUGGGAAUUCGCCUGGUUAUUAUUGGUACCAUUUUUUCAUACAACUGCAUCUGAAAUGUCGUUUGAAAGAAUUUGUGAGCAUUUUAAGAAUCAUUCUAGUCAUGAAAUAUAAUCCCCACCUCGAGUCGAACAAUUAAAUUUCUAAUCCAAAGUAAAACUAUCAUUUUGAUUUCAUCAUACUUCAGUCUCAAUAACUCCCUCUUUCAAUAUCUAAUGCGGAACCUGUUUCAUUUUGAACUUCGCUGUUUAUCAUAUACAAACAUUAUAGUCUCCUAGCAUUUUGACUUGUGGCCGAUUUCUGUAGAAUUUCAGCCAAUGGAUGGUUUUGUUGUUUCAUUUUCAGAUUUUCCCAGGAAACAAAGACCAAAAUACGAUCAAGGAGAACUUAUUUGUUCCGUCGUUCAGGGCGCGAUACGUGCGUAUCCACCCUUGGACAUGGGUAGGACAUGUCUCUAUGAGAGCUGAGUUCUAUGUCAGGAAAAUCUGUGAGUAUUUUAGUAAAUUUAAGCUGGUUUAAUUACCAGAUUAUGGUGUAAGUUAAGUAUCUUCUUAUAGAUAAAAGGUUCGUAUCAAAUACAUUACUGAGUGAACUUCUCGAAUCUCCGUUCGUGCCAAUGUGUUCAGUUCUUAAAAAAACAAAAAGGUUUGUUAACUAGUUUUUUAGACCUGAAGUUUAAAGUUUUUCUCAAACUGCUGCAAACUGGGCCUUAGUAUAAAAGAAUAAGGAGGCGGAAACGUCUCAUGGCGUCAUGGGGGAUUUCUUGACUCUUGGGUUAAAUACGUGUCAAUAAUUAUUCUGCACAACUCUUGUAAUUUGACUCAUAACUUUUAGCUUGGAAAAUGAAACAAAUUGUAUGGAAAAAGUCUUGGGAAAGUCACAAAAAUGUGUCGGAAGCUAUGGAAAAAUAAAUAAGAAAGAGUAAAGAUAGGGUGAUUUUACUGCACAAUCAGAACGGUUGUAAAACACUCUGUUUAGUCGCUCGGAAAAUUUCAAAGUUGCUAUAGAUCCUUUUGGGAUUUCCAGUACUCAAAUGUUAUCACUUUCUAAUGCAGCUCGUAACUCGGUGCCAGUUGGUGUCGAAGAUGGUAAGAUUCCUAAUGGGUACAUCACAUCUUCCUCUACAUUCAACCGUUACCACGCCCCAUGGUUGGGUCGACUUAAUAACAAAGCGCGAGGGCGAAAUAAGGGAGCGUGGUCAGCAAAGAAGAAUGACAAACGACAAUGGCUGCAGUUUAAUCUGGGUAAACCAACUUUGAUUACGGCGAUCAGGACACAGGGACGUCAGGAUUAUAACCAAUGGGUCACAAGUUAUAAGGUUUACUUUGGAAACGACGGAGUUCGGUUUAUACCUUAUAAGAAAGGAGGGCGCGUCAAGGUGAGUGUGUAUAGAAGAAAGGCAGUGGUAACUGGGAUUUUUUGUUUGGGAAUCAGCUAUUCACGACAUUCUAAGUGAGCAAUUAGAAGAUUCUUUUUGGUGGGGCGCUUUUCGGAGUAGUGUAGUAAAUUGAGACAAAAUUAGCAUGGUUGCUCAUUGAGAGUGCUUUAAACCAAUCACAACGAUUAGUUAAAGCAUGAGCCAAUGAGAACUUAAAUCAAAGACAGAUGAGCCAAUGAACAUGAGUCAAUGAGAGCUCAAAGUAAAGACAGAUAAACGGCCCAAAGUUCUGGAAAGUGCAAGUGAUUAUAUGGAGACAGGUCUGAGCUUUGCUUCCUAAUGUUUAAGUGAUGACAGUUUGGCAAGGAAAUUAAAGAGCGUAGUGAAGCAAAAUCAAAGUAAUACUAGUUUACUUUUAAUAAUUAAUCGCAAGUAACUCCUUUAUGCACUUGCAACGACAUCUCAGUGCAGUAUUUAAGAAGACACGCUCCAAAAAGAAAUCAUAUUCUCAAUAUUUUAUCGGUUUUCCUAAUAUUUCAAAGUUUGUCCUUUUACUCUGUGUAAAGCUCAGACUUGCUGGAGUGAGACAACCAUUUUUAAAGCACAAACUCUUUUCAACCCACUCCUCAGAUAUUCCGUGGCAACAGCGAUAGAAACAGUAUUGUAACACAUCCAUUACGUCCACCAAUCCGCGCACGUUACAUUAGAAUUGUUGUAGUCUCGUGGUACGGGCAUAUCUCAAUAAGAGUUGGCUUCUAUGGUCGCCGACCUGGUAAGUAGUUUAGGAUGCUUUGAUUAGAAGAGUAUAUUUCCAAAUGCGAAAUAUACUUUUAGAAUUUCUUACUCAUCUCUCGAGUUACUACGAGUUGCUUGGUACAUCGACUAAUACAUUAUCAUUCAACGGGGAAGUUUCUUUUAAAGUAAAGAAAUCAACAAAGAUAGGCAAUCGCUAAAUAAGCAGGAAUAAAUCAAAGCUGCACGUAGAUUGUUAAGUUUACAAAGGAUUAAAAUGGUUGCAGUUGAAGAACUUGAAAAAAAAGCUAGGUACAUUUUUUUGGUCACACAAAUUAUGACGUGUAUCCUAUAAAAUCUAAAAUUGUUCUUCUUUAAAAGUUGUUAAUUAUCCCUCAGGAAUCAUAAGGCCUCGUCUGCAAGCUCUUGGAAUGCAAAGCGGUCGUAUCAGAAAUAACGCUGUGAGUGCCUCGUCAGUAUGGGACAGGUAUCAUGCUGCCUGGAGAGCGAGGCUUUAUAUCAAGAGACAAGGAAGGUAAAUAUCAUUGUCGUGUUCUUACACUCAGGUCAAAUAUCAAUGAAACAGGACGUAUUUUAUUAUUUAUUAUCUAUUAUUCCUAACAUCCUGAGGCGUAUUACAAAUGGCGCAAUAUGAGGAUUCAGGAUUUCUAGGCUAAAUUUUACAGUGUUGUCCUGACUUGUGAUCACCUCUGUAGGUGAGGAUUGCGGGGGGGGGUAGAACAGGAAGCUUUCGAAAUCCAGAGCUAUGUUUUGAUACACAGAGUAAAUUAUAGUGUUUCAUUGACUUAAUCCACCUCCGUAAAUGAGCCGGAAAAACAUGGGGCUCGAGAAAUCCGAGGGUACUUUUAGAUAUACAGGGUAACAUUACAAACAUUGGCUGAUACAAGUCAACAGUCAGAAACGCAGUUUCUGAAAAUGGUUCCUGAGAAAAUACUCGAAGUUAACUUUUUUGGAAUUGUUACCGAUCUGACGAUUUCUUUCAACAAUUCGUGUCACAGCUUCCGAGGGGCGUGGUCCUCACGUGUUAAUGACCGCUACCAGUGGUUACAGGUGUCGUUCAGGUACCCCAAGAAAAUCGUGGCUAUUGCGACGCAGGGCAGACAGGACUGGAACCAAUGGGUGAUCAGUUAUCGACUGACCUACAGCAUGGAUAAGAUCCACUACGUGUACUACAAACAACUUGGCGUCACUAAGGUUUGUUAUAGAUCGGUAUCUGUAAAUCGCUGGUUUAGUCUCAAUAAGGAGUAUAGCUUACCUAGGUGGGUUUGAAGCCUUUACCCUUAACACUCUAACAUCAGUAUGCAUAUUCUCCAUACUGUUCUCUAUACAUUUCCUAAGGUGUGGCAAGGAGAAUUUGUUUAACAAUCCAGAACUUCUUUAGAUGGUGGUCAUUUUUCUUUUUAUUCUCAUGACCUUAGUGAUUGAUUCAGGGGUGAUACCGUGUGGAGAAAUUAGCCGCUCGUCGAAGACGGACGAAGAAAAUGUAUAGAGGAAGAGGAAAAUGGGUCAUGUGUUCUAUUUUUAACCCUUCAAACCGUAAGAGUGACAAGCAACUAAUUUUUCAUAAUUACUAAUCACACCUGAAUCAAACAUUUAGGUCACGAGAAUGAAGGAAAUGAUCACCAACUAAAGACGCUCUUGAUUAUUGAACAAAUUGUGUUUGUCAGUAGAAUAGGAAAUGUCGAGAGAACAGUGUGGAGAGUAUGGAUACUGAUAUGAGGGUGUUAAGGGUUUACUCAAAAUUCACAUCUCUCCUUGCUUCUCUGAACUAAACCAAAGUACAUUUGUGAGAAGGUUAACACUCCAAUGGAAUAUUGACGUCUUGGAUUUCCCUUAAAAAGGAAGAAUAAAUAAAGACUUCUGGAUUACUGUUAAAUGAGCCAAGGUUAUACUUUAUAUCUGACAUAAGUUUAUCAUGAGUUAGCUUGAACAAGAGCUUUUUUACCGAUCCCCUAUGUACAUUUACAGCUGUUCCGGGCCAACAGAGACAGAAACUCAGUUGUUCGCCAUUAUCUUCAACCCGCCAUACGAGCGACAUCUAUUCGUGUUAGACCCGCCAGGUGGCGCGAACAUAUCUCCAUGAGAAUAGAGUUGUAUGGUCGCAAUGCUGGUGAGAAAUAGAAUAAUAGCAGUUAUCAGUUGAAAUAAUAUCCAAGACUACCAGUGAUUGAGUCUCAGAUGUUAUAUUUUCCGACGUGAAGAACGUCGCGAAAGCUUAUCAUGUUUACAAUUUAUUUGUUACUUCCAAACCCAGAAAAUCGUUUCUCUUUUCACGCUCUUUCCACGUUCUUUCCACGCUCUUUCCACGCUCUUUCCACGCUCUUUCCACGCUCUUUCCACGCUCUUUCCACGCUCUUUCCACGCUCUUUCCACGCUCUUUCCACGCUAUUUCCACGCUCUUUCCAAGCUGUUUCCGCCCUCUCUCCGCGUUCUCUCCGCGCUCUUUCCACUCCUUAAAAGUAAUGUUUUCAAAAAGUAUUCUCAACUCGCAUCCGGCCACCGUGACAAGCGAAGAACAGAAAUCAACAAGAGAGGAAUACCUUCUGAUUAGUAGAAAAGCUACUGUGAUGUGAGUGUCAAUCACAGCAGACAAUAAACUCAAGAAAUAAUUCGUUUCGAAUGAUGGAAUUUUAUAGACCCAGAAAAAAAACAAGCCCUAAUUGAGUCUUGUGUAACUUUUCAAUAUUUCAGUCAAAAAUAGGCUUCCCCUUGGAGUUGAAGACCGCCGUAUCCCAGAUAGCGCCCUGAGUUCAUCUUCACGAUGGGAUGGGUACCACGGGCCGCACCAGUGCCGCCUGAAUACUCAGAGGAGGGGCAGAUACAGAGGUGCCUGGUCAGCGCGUGCUAACAACCGUCAUCAGUGGCUGCAGAUUGAUGUUGGCUGCCAAGCGGUGGUGUACGGAAUAGCGACCCAAGGAAGGCAAGAUCUGGGACAGUGGGUGAAGACCUACAGAGUCAUGUCUAGUCGGGAUGGCGUUCGCUGGCGAUGGUACCAAAUGCGUAGAAGAGCUGUGGUGAGUAUCCAUCACUGUAAGGAGAAAAAGUAUUUUCCCAAGAACUCCCUCUCCUUUUACUGCCUCAUCAAUCAAUGUGCCUUAUACUUUCUUUUUUCAGUUAUUGACUGGUAACCGCGAUAGGAAUACUAUUGUAAGGCACAGAUUUGCGCGGCCUCGUAGAGCGCGCUACGUCCGUGUGGUACCAUACACGUGGCAUAGGCACAUCUCCAUGAGAGUCGAGCUUUACGGACGUCGCCUUGGUAAGAGCUCUUUUAUUUUAUUAUCAAGACAGGCACACAUAAGGCUCCCACUGUAUAUCUGUUAGAGACAAGAUAUUCUGGAAUCGACUACAUCAAUAGUGCUUUUUUCUCAGUCCACAGGCAAGCUGCACUUGAUAUAGCAUCAACGCGACUUUCAUAGUCUGAAACUUAGGUGAAGCCAUAAGCACAUAUUUCUGUAGUCCUGUAAUUUAACCAACUGGUCCAGUUUGAGGUUAGAAUACUCUUAAAACAAAUUAUCUUUUACGAUAAUGCUGACAUUUAUCAUUGUUUUGUGUUAUAGCUCGUAAACCUGUCGUGAAGGCCUUAGGAGUCUCCAAGGGACGGCUGGGAAAUCAAUACAUUAAGGCGUCGAGUGAGUGGGAUCGUUAUCACGCCGCGUAUCUCGCGCGACUGAACCUGAAACCAAGAGGACGAUUCAAGGGAGGAUGGUCCGCCAAGAAGAAUAACAGGAAACAAUGGAUCCAGUUUGAUUUUAAACGGCCUGUUUUUAUUUCCAAGAUUGCCACGCAAGGCAGAAGUGAUGCAAAUCAGUACGUAACCAGCUUCGCUGUGGCUUACAGUCCUGAUGGAUAUCGAUGGACGCCGUUCAAGGUCAAUGGAAGACUUAAGGUAAUGUCACAUAGAGUACACUGAAAAUGGGGUGGAUUGAAAAAAUACGGACAUACGAACAGACUGUCAGUUAGACAGUCGGAUAAAGAGAUACAUAGUCGGUCAGACAGUCAAGUAGACGGUAAGACAAUCCGAAAGUUAGUAAAACAGUCAGUCACUCAGUUAAACAGUCAGUCAGUUAGACAUUCAGUCAGAUAGUCACCCAAUUGGUCAGACACUCAAACAAUUAGAUAGAUAGUCACAAAGACAGUUACUCAGUUAGACAGCCGGUAGGUCAGACUUUCACAUAGUCAGAUGGUCAGACAGACAGUUAAACAAAAAUACUGUCGGAUGGUCUGACACACAGGCAAUCAAACAGUCGGAUAGUCAGACAAUCAGACAGACUGACUGACAGACAAUCAGAUAAUCGGACGGACAGACUGACAGACAGACAGACUUAGCUUCUAAAGUAGCACUUGAUCUUAGCGAGAGACCCCUGGGCUUCAAAAAGAGGUUUCAGCGAGCACCUUCUUCCCAAAUGCAGAGAUGUCAUUCCUCGGACAUUUAACCCUAUCACUCCCUGGAUCAAUUUCAUAAUUCCCUCCGCCAGCUGCGUUAUAUUCCAAUACAAAAAAUAAGGAGGGAGUGUAGUUUUAUAUCGACAUCGUUCAAGAUUGUCCUCUCUGAUCACGUGUUUGUUGGAAAAAGUUGUAAUUUGAGAAGCUACACGUGUUAAUAUGUAGCCUCUACAUGCGAUAAAAAACUCAUCUGGGAGUUAAAGACGUAGAAGGUCCCGAAGACCAAAACAAUGCGGACACAAAUGAGUAACCCGUGAUUACUUUCCUUUAUUUAGGUAUUCCGAGGGAACCGUGAUCAUUACUCUAUCAAAGAAAACAGUUUUGACCCACCCUUCCGAUCCAGGUUCAUCCGUGUGUACGCGCGUACCUGGGUUAACCACAUCUCCAUGAGAAUCGAGUUCUACGGUGGAAAAGCUUGUAAGUAUUAUCAUGUGUAAAGUUACGUUUUCUUGGCCAAUCAUUUCAAUGAGUUUUCGGCGCCAAGUAAUUGGAAAACCAACUGAGUGGUGAUUUUUUUAGCGGUGCGUUUUUGCUGUAUUGAGUGGCUCAAACAUUAAAGGUUAAUAUUUAUUUUAGACCAAGACAGAUUUUUUAUGGUUUCGUCUUAUUAAAGAAGCCGGCACUUCAGAAACAAGUAGGCGACGAAAAUGGCGGCCACCGUCUUGGUUUGAGCCUUGACAGUAAAUACUGACUUAAGUGAAGACUGGGCGUGACCAACUGUGUUUUUUUCCACAGCGAGAAGAGAUCUGCCUUUGGGUAUUGAGGACCAUAAGGUCCAAGAUCGUUACAUAACGGCGUCCACCGAGUGGAACAGAUAUCACGGUGCACGCUUUGGACGAUUGAACACUGUGGCACACGGCAAGAACAAGGGGGCGUGGUCUGCAAAGAGGAACAACAGACGCCAGUGGAUAAUGGUUAGUUUCACCAAACCCGUCUCAGUUGGCUCUUAAAUGACAUUUUAUAUCGUUGACAUAUCGUUUUAUGUUUUAUAUCGCUGACUUACGCAGAGGAGAAGAUUUAAAGUGCUGUCUAACCCUUAAAACCCUAGGAGUGAUUUGCAUUCAAUUUCUCCCUACAGUAUCAGGGUUGAAUCAAACAGUUAAGUCAUGAGAAUGUAGGAAAUGACUUCCACUCUUGGGAAACUCUUGAUUUUUAAACAAAUUCUCCUUAUCAAUAUCAUAGGAAUUGCAUAGAAAAAUGUGAGGAGAAUGUGCAUACUGAUGCUAGGAUGUGAAGGGUUAAGACACUAGGCAUUUGUAUGAUACUUUUUGUUCCCUAAUGAUAACUCGAUAAAAUAAGUAAAAAUUUUGUGAUUUCAUAUAAAAGAAUUACAAAGCUUUUCGUUGGUGAGAGCUGCUCAGCCAGAGCUAUCUGUUGAUGGAUAAUUCAUAUAUUGACAAGAACUUUACGGAAACAAAAGUUAACUGCCAAAUUUUAUAUUCUCUUCUAAAUGUUAUCACUGAACACUCUCUCUCAUCUGAACACAGAGUGGCAACUAAUGAUCAGCCCUAUGAGGCAGUUUUCUCAUGGCUUUUUUCUUCUUCUUCUAAGGUGGACCUCAAAAAGCUCACUAUUGUCAAGCGAAUCCUAACACAGGGUCGACAAGAUUUGAACCAAUGGGUGACAAGUUAUAUAAUUACCUACAGCCGAAAUGGAAACACCUUCCGACCUUACACGAGGCGUAGACGAAUAAAGGUAUGUCCUCUUACAUGAGUAGAAGAAAUUAAAAGAAAUGGCACCUAGACAAAUUGGAUUUCUGAUGAUGAAAACUGUCAUCUUAUACCCUCUUUAUUUAACGAUAGAAGAGGCCGAUCGCUAGGUACAAACUCUGCCAUGUUAUUAAAAUUUUUUCGGUGGAACGUCCUACUUAGUAAGUCUAAGCUUUAGUGAUUUGCCUUGCUUUGUUUUGGAUGUGCUAGAGCGUCAUUUGCCAUCCAGUGCUACGACAUCAUAAAUUUUUGGAAAACAAAGAGGCAACCAAUGUAAAAUUUAAAAAAAGGCCUCGAAAGAUGUCCUACCUUAGCUAUUAACCACUACCGACAGCAUUAAAUCUUCCCACUUUCAGUACUCAAUCUCAUUACACACAUAGUCCAAAACAAUAAAAAAUGUCAUAUUAUCAAUAUUUUCUUUUCCCCCAGGUCUUCCCGGCCAACAAUGACCGGAACAGCAUAGUGGCGCAUGUUCUAACGCCACAUAUCUACGCACGAUAUGUGAAAAUCAAACCUCGCACAUGGUUCAGGCAUAUCUCCAUGAGAUUUGAGCUUUACGGAGAGAGAAGAUGUGAGUUUAUUCAGCCAAUGUUGCUUUGUGAUAAAAUUCAUUUUCAUUGCUACCGUCUCAUAUUAACCUCUUGUCAAAAUAAAUCCUUUCUUUCGAGGCAAAAGAUAAGUUCUAACUUGACGUAUGUUGUUUCGUUUAAUUUCCAGCUGAGAAAAGACGACCAGUUGUGCAACCCACCAAACGACCCAGACUCCCGCCCAGGCCUCCCAUCAGACCACCCAUCCGUCCGCCAAUCAAACCACUAGGUAAGUUUCAUGCAACUCAAAGAAGUGGCGCUCUCUGCUUCUCUUAAACCUUAUACCAUGCUAGUUUGUCGUUUGCGAUAUUUCUUAAUCGUCUUCAUUCUUCAACAUUUAAUAUGUCAUGUUUUGGUUUAUUUUUGCCUUUUCGGUGAGGAAAAAUUUGUACAAGGUAAACGACUCAAAGGCAGCGAGCCCAUCCGUAAAACAUCCUCGUGACCCUUCCCACUCUAAAAUCAGUAUACAUAUUCUCUAUACUGUUCUAUAUACCUUUCCUAUAGUGCUGACAAAGAGAAUUUGUUUCGCAAUCAAGAGCUUCUUUAUUUGAUGAUCAUUUCCUUUCUUCACGUGACCUUAAAUGUGAUUCAGGCGUGAUACUGUGAAGAGUCACUCUCGGGAAUCAAAGGGUUAAUUUUCUGAUACACACUGUUUUAGAAGGGUUAAAAAAAAGUUAGGCUUGGUGUAUAGCAAGGCUGAAGUCCUUUAACAGCGGUUAGAUAUUGGAUUGAAAUCUCAAAACAAAAUUUAAAGCAUGUUAUGCGAGAUCAAAGAUAGGGACUUAGUCGAUGUUGUACAUCAGACUGUCGUUUUUUGACGUACUUGUUUUUUUAUCGUACCCAGCCCCUACCAAGACCUGCCCGGUCACGUUGGAUCUUGCCUUUGUGGUGGACGCGUCGAAUGAAGUUUCCCGUGCUAACUUCCAGCUGGAGAAGGCGUUUGUCAAGGCUGUGUCCAGCAAAUUCACCAUCACUAAGCACCAGUCUCGCAUCGGUCUCAUCACAUACGCCAACCUGCCUUCACUGAGAAUGAGGUUCAGACAGUUCAACUCCUUAUUUGGUAUGUCUUACUCUUGAUACUCUAUUCAAGUUGUAACUAGCAUUUUUGGGGGUCUCUUCAUAACUUCACCAAUUUUGAAAAUGUUUCGCGCUUUCCUUCAGAAAGAUUCGGUGUUCACCGCACGAAGUUACCUCAUUAUGUAGACAUCAUUUUGAUCUGGAAUCAGGCGGUUAUUUUUCUGAAGGUGUAUUAAACACGAUAUUAUGAUUUCUCCCACAGUUUGCCUUUUUUUUUUGACACUGAUAAAAAUAUGUUUGCUCAUAAGUGGACAUUCUGCAUACUUAAUCAGUUUGUCUUUCCCUUUUGUUUGCUUGACUUCUCACUUGUUAAACAUUCUUAUUUAGGCCCUCACUUCAGAAUGGGUUGUUUAAAAGACAGAGAAUUAGCCUAAAUUCUAUACAUUAAAUUUUCUUCACCUCACACGUUCGCUUACAAUGAAUUCGUUUUCCUUCCCACAGCCGUCCGACGUGCAGUUGAUCAAGCGCCACACAUUAACCGAGGAGGGAAACGUUUAGAUCUGGCGUUACAAGCCGCGUAUGACACUUUUUAUGCUAACGAACCAACUUACAUCCAGCGUGUUUUGGUUGUAAUCACAGGCGGUCCACCGAGUCGCCGUCACGCAUACGCAGUCAAGCGCAUGGCCUCGAGGUUCGUACGAAAGGGCGUCCAGGUUUACGCGAUCGGCAUUGGCCGCGCGUACCGAGGCGAACUGAGGAGUAUCGCAUACAAGCGCAAGCGCGUGUACUACAUGAAAACCUUUGGAUCACUUCUGGCCAGGGCCAAUCAGAUUGCGAGUACCAUCUGCAAUGAACAGGUGAGGAACUUAAUUUAAAGUUCAGUAUAUUAAAGCUUCUACAUGCUCUCCUGAAAACUGAGCAAAAAUUAACUCGAAGGCAGAUUGUAGAAAAUUGAUUUUCGAUGUCUAAGGCUUCCUGAUCAAUCUCGGCCAAAUGCCCGUUUACUUACAAACCGCGCGUGUAAUACUGACAACUGUUUACGACCUGGUGUAAACACUUGAACUGAAUAUAACACCUCUCUCCUUCAAAAAAUAAAGGGAAUAUCACAGCCCAUCGAUAAAUCCCAUGAUUAAAAGUCAAGAUUGUGAGUAACACCAAGCUCCUAGAAAAAUAAUGUGCGCAAAGUGAUGCUUUUCUAUUGUUGCAAAUGUGAUUAACUCGAUAUUUCAACGGCAUCAAAUGAACCAACAGAAACAAACAUAAUCAAUUUCUAAAAUAAGAAACCAGUUGGAAACGUAUCUUUUUGCGUAAUCGUUUCUUGUAGUCCUUCAGUUGCAUUCUAAAAUCGUAGUAAUAGUUUCGUAAUAAUAGUUUCUAAAGAAUUAAAAUUACGAACUUAAUCGAAUCUUGGAUGAUUUUUCUAGUCGUCUUCAAUUUUUCCAAUAGUUUAAGGCCCCACUGAAAAUAACUUUACCCAUUUUUUUUUACGUAGCGUCUUAACCACAGUGAAAAAAUUUCUCUUGCGAUGAAACCUUCAAAAUAACGACAAACAUAAAAUUAUUUUUUUCUUCUCCAUAACAGUCCAAAGAAGUGGACAUCCAUAAACGAGCUGAACUUCUCAAGCCUCUGAUUCAAAAAGAAGAGAAUGAAACCAAGGAGACUCAAUCAUAAUAUUUAAAGUUUAAAAUAACUUAUCGUUUAAUCUUAAAUGAAACAGAUACUCUUAGAUUUUCCUGAGAAAUAUAAAAACUUACAUCACACUAAGACUGAUUAAAAUAUUAAACCACGUUGUAGUGUUGUUAACUCAAAGCA